AUGACCGAUCAGUGCAACAAUACACACUGUGAUAUAAAACGGUAUCCUAAAGCCAAGAAGAGCGGUAAGUCAUCACAAACAAAGAGCAGGGGUGGGUUAAAAAAAACAUCAUCAUAAUCACUACUACAAAUAUUGAUGCACGCCCAGCUUCUUCUUUUUUUUCAGAGUUGGGCUCAGGCGCUGAAAUGUAAAUAAAUCUACCAGGGCAAGGAGCUGGAGGCUCGUGUUACCACUACUAACAGUCAAGAGCCUUUUCAUGCUGCCCAGGAGGGCCAUUCCUGUAACGCUAGCACACUAGAGAGGCCCACAAAUCAUCUCUCUCUAUGCCUCUACUUCUCUCUCUCUCUCUCUCUCUCUCUCUCUCUCUCUCUCUCUCUCUCUCUCUCUCUCUCUCUCUCUCUCUCUUCUUCUCUCUCUCUUCCUCUCUCCCUCCUCAUUCUCUCGCUCUAUCCCGCUCUGUCUCUUGCUUUCUCACUUUCCAUUUCUCUCACUCUCCUCUUUCAUCCCUUUUCUUUUUUGUUUCUAUUCAGUUAUUUUUUAUUAUUAAUCUUCACCCACCCCCUGCCCAUGCCCCUUCUACUAUCUUAUUCUCCUCCUCUCCUUCACCCUCUCUUUAUACACUCCACUCUAACACAGUUGCUUACUUGCCUGAGAAUAACACAUUAGACGAAAGACAACCAUACUAAAUGUAGUAUUGUGUAGUACACAUGCAUGUAGAAAGAAGGCGGUGGGGUUGUGCUCUGUCCCUCAUCAUACACUAUCGUCUUGUCAUCUUAUCUCCAGUAGUUAGACAAACAGGUUGAAGCUGCUCAUUGAUGAGCGAUGACACUAUCUCUGUCCCUGAUCAAUGCUGGGCUCAGCCUCUAUCGAUCUGUCUGCAUGGCGGGAUAGAGCUUUUCUAGUUCUGCCCAACACAGGCCAAGUGGGUCACAUGGGUCGCGACCACUGUUUGGACAGAUCCUAGGAGAGGUUAAUAACCAUGGCAGAACAACAAACACACAAUAGGGAAGGGUUAUAUCAAUGUUCAUUCAAUAUGUUUCUUCAUUAUUUCUUCAGCAGAUGGUGAAAUAUAAUUUUAUUUUACAUUGACCUACAAACUGAAGAGCUUUGAGAAAACAUCAAGACCGUGUGAUAAUAGUUCACAUUUUACAAGAAAUUGUGCAAAAUAUGACUUAAUCUGAUUUCAUUUAUGUGGAGCAGUCAGUCCUCAGCUUUAUACAGUAGCAGUGUCCUAAGUACUCAUAGAUGAGGGGUAGCGCUUCCCUUUUCUGGAACCAUUCCAAACCACCCCCUAGACCCUAUCCCAGAUCCUUGGUAAUACCCUCCUGUCAGAUCCAUGAGAGUGAAUCAACAUGGGGCCCUAAGGGCAUGGGGCUGGAGAUUGGUUUGGUAUUGGGCCUUUAUCUCUGACAUCUCCUGUCCCAGGAUGAGUUGGUAGCGCACUCAACAGUCAUACACUCGCUGUUCCCAUUAUCAAGUCCAAGUGCCUUUUUUCUGUAUCGCUUUUUUUCUAUGGUUGGCUUUGUUUUCCACUGUGGCAGAUCUCUAUCAGAUGUUUGGAGUUGAUUUAGCUCCUGAAUCAGAGCAUCAAUCAACAGUAAUUACUGUCAGGCUUCCGGUGGGCCAACCCUCACACCCAUAUGGACCCGGCCCAUCCAUCCUGGCCAAUUGGCAGCUUUAUAGCCCCAUAUAAGACCCUCUCUGUCACCCGGUGGGCUGGGGCCUGUGUGAAAGUGGGACUCUAACAAUGAAAUGCAUUUGACAUGUGAUUGAGGCAUUGAGCCCCAAGGUUGGGCACUCUAUUCAACGCCUCACUGCCAGUGCCAAUUUACAGUAUUCACAGUCUGCCAGUCAUUUUGUCUACUGUGGAUUAUCUGCUGUCUGCUUCUUUCUCUAUCAUAGAUAGAACCAUAUUGAAUCAAUGAUAAUGCAAAAGCGAGUUUGUACUGGUGCGAGAUUUGAUGCUUUACAAUAGACAUCAUGCUGAAUGAUUCAUCAAUAUUCUCCAUUCUUAUGUUGAUCAGAAGUCUCAUUGUAUCGUGAUCAGGUUAAUGGAACUACACUAGUGCAUGGGAUGUGUGUGUUUGUCAAGACCAGGAGAGAGCAAUGUGAAGCCUCAGUGGGCGUCAGUCCCAGGUGACUCCAGUCUGUUCCUGCCAGGAUACUUGGUGCGUGACUUGAAAUGAGCUGCAGUGGCUCCCCCUGGGCCCUGUAAUGACAGCUGACCCAUUCUGAUCACAUUGCUCAGCUCAGGCCGGCCAGUUCUUACAUAGACUGACCUCCUAUUCGAUUGCUCGGAAAAUACAUGCUUAUUUCCACCCUUACUUGAAGUAAUCACUGAGCUGACAUGUCUGGAUUGGGUGAAAGCAAUGCAAUGGGAGCCUUGCUCUCACCUAUCCAAUCAUGUUAGAUAAAUCAUUGCGUCAGAGAACAUCAAGAGGAAGUCUAUGCUAAAGACAUUGUUGCAAACUUACAGAGUAUCCAACAUACAGAAUAUCAAAAAUGUGCAGUGAAAGACCGAUUACAGUACGAAAUCUGUUGCUCCAGUUACAUGGUUCAUAUUCAUGUUAUGAAAUUCUUACCUCAAAAAUAAAUCAUGAAAUGAAUCAAUAUAUGAUUUAAUCAAUGUUAUCCGUAGGUUAGUAAUUACUUAUCCCAUUGAUAAAUGAAACUACUCUGACACUGAAUAAUCAAUGUGGUACAUGCUUGUAAUUUUCCCUCAAUAUGUUUCUCUGAAAUAUGGACCUUUCCUAUAACUAUUUAUGAGUGUUGUGUGCUUUGCUGUACUGCCCUGCUUAAAACAAUUGCACUAUGUUUGUGUGUGUGUGUUCAUGUGCAGUCAUGAGUGCUGUAAGUCUCUCCUUGUGUCUAAUUCAGUUAUAGAGUGUGCUGCUGCUCACCCCAGGGCACAACUCUCCAGCUAAAAUACAUUAGUAAUGACGCUUCCAAAGAGAGAUCUGGAGAUCUGGGCCGAGGAAUCAAUAGAAUGAGGGGAAAAUAUAUAACAAACUGUAAGGAGAGCACUUAUAUCUUAUUGAAUAUAAACAGUAACUAUCAGAGGGGUCCGGUGGGUUGGGAUUUUGAUAGGUUAAAAAAGAUUAGGGAAUAGGUUAAACGUAUAUAUAGCAGUACAAUAACACAAUAUUGGAUUGAGAUGCAAAUGCUUUAGAUGGUAAGAUUAGAAGUGUUUGAUUACUGCGUUUUGGGACAUAACAGGUCUCUCUUGUAAAAUCAAUUUUCAAUGUGAAAUGGAUCAUCUUAAUAAAUAAAUGAUAAAUGAUUUGGUUCUUAUCUAAAUGUAUUUUCAGAAUAGAUUAGAAUGGGUUGAAAACAUCUCUGUUUAUUUGAAAGCAGCACCAAGGUUAAUCAGUGAGAGAACAUAUUGUCUGUCGAUGGGAGGCAGUUGGCCUUGGACCUAAAAAUGUGAGUUCAAAUCAAAUUUUAUUUGUCACAUGCUUCGUAAACAACCAGUGAAAUGCUUACUUACGGGUCCUUCCCAACAAUGCAGAGAGAAAGAAAACAGAUAAAUAAUAAAAAGUAAAACAUGUAAUAAUAAAAGUAAUAAUAAAUACACAGUGAGUAACGAUAACUUGGCUAUAUACACGGGGUACUAGUACCGAGUCAAUGUAUAGUAGUACGAGGUAAUUGAAGUAGAUAUAUACAUAUAACUAGGAUUAUUACCUAAUCAUCUACUUACACUUAAAGCCCAUCCAAAUCUGUUAUCUUUCAUUGAUUUAAUUUGGUGACAGCUACCAACUUUGUGUCAAUACAUAACAUACAUGUUUUCAAUGCAAAUUGACUUUACUAUUACAUUUACAUUUACAUUUACGUCAUGUAGCAGACGCUCUUAUCCAGAGCGACUUACAAAUUGGUGCAUUCACCUUAUAGCCAGUGGGAUAACCACUUUACAAUAUGUUAUUUUUUUUAUUUAUUUUUUGGGUGGGGUAGAAGGAUUACUUUAUCCUAUCCCAGGUAUUCCUUAAAGAGGUGGGGUUUCAAGUGUCUCCGGAAGGUGGUGAGUGACUCCGCUGUCCUGGCGUCGUGAGGGAGCUUGUUCCACCAUUGGGGUGCCAGAGCAGCGAACAGUUUUGACUGGGCUGUGCGGGAACUGUGCUUCCGCAGAGGUAGGGGGGCCAGCAUGCCAGAGGUGGAUGAACGCAAUGCCCUCGUUUGGGUGUAGGGACUGAUCAGAGCCUGAAGGUACGGAGGUGCAGUUCCCCUCACAGCUCCGUAGGCAAGCACCAUGGUCUUGUAGCAGAUGCGAGCUUCAACUGGAAGCCAGUGGUAUGUGCGGAGGAGCGGGGUGACGUGAGAGAACUUGGGAAGGUUGAACACCAGACGGGCUGCGGCAUUCUGGAUGAGUUGUAGGGGUUUAAUGGCACAGGCAGGGAGCCCAGCCAACAGCGAGUUGCAGUAAUCCAGACGGGAGAUGACAAGUGCCUGGAUUAGGACCUGUGCCGCUUCCUGUGUAAGGCAGGGUCGUACUCUCCGAAUGUUGUAGAGCAUGAACCUACAGGAUCGGGUCACCGCCUUGCUGUUAGCGGAGAAAGACAGGGUGGUGUCCAGGGUCACACCAAGGCUCUUCGCACUCUGGGAGGAGGACACAACGGAGUUGUCAACCGUGAUGGCGAGAUCAUGGAACUGGCAGUCAUUCCCCGGGAGAAAGAGCAGCUCCGUCUUGCCGAGGUUCAGCUUGAGGUGGUGAUCCGUCAUCCACACUGAUAUGUCUGCCAGACAUGCAGAGAUGCGAUUCGCCACCUGGUUAUCAGAAGGGGAAAAGUAUUUGUAGAGGUUAUUUUCUAUUCACAUUGGCUUAUUGGUUGCUAUUGCCUAUUCAAGAGUUACCGGAGGGGGUCGCAGUUCCGGAGCGACCCACUAGGUGUCAUCCUCCGACAACCUUAGGCACCUCCUCACUCACAGUCGGGACUAAUCAUCAUCCUAUUGGUGUCACCUGUGUCUAUCAGAUCGCCUGUGUAUUAAUGCCCUCACUUCCCUGUGUUCCCUUGCUCAGUUUUCUCUGCUGGUUUCUCUAUGUCCAGCAGUACUACUCAAUGUCUGAUCGGAGAUCUACAGUUGAAGUCGGAAGUUUACAUACACUUAGGUUGGAGUCAUUAAAACUCGUUUUUCAACCACUCCACAAAUUUCUUGUUAACAAACUAUAGUUUUGGCAAGUCGGUUAGGACAUCUACUUUGUGCAUGACACAAGUAAUUUUUCCAACAAUUGUUUACAGACAGAUUAUUUCACUUAUAAUUCACUGUUUCACAAUUCCAGUGGGUCAGAAGUUUACAUACACUAAGUUGACUGUGCCUUUAAACAGCUUGGAAAAUUCCAGAAAAUGAUGUCAUGGCUUUAGAAGCUUAUGAUAGGCUAAUUAAAAUCAUUUGAGUCAAUUGGAGGUGUACCUGUGGAUGUAUUUCAAGGCCUACCUUCAAACUCAGUGCCUCUUUGCUUGACAUCAUGGGAAAAUCAAAAGAAAUCAGCCAAGACCUCAGAAAAACAAUUGUAGACCUCCACAAGUCUGGUUCAUCCUUGGGAGCAAUUUCCAAAUGCCUGAAGGUACCACGUUCAUCUGUACAAACAAUAGUACGCAAGUAUAAACACCAUGGGACCACGCAGCCGUCAUACCGCACAGGAAGGAGAUGCAUUCUGUCUCCUAGAGAUGAAUGUACUUUGUUGCGAAAAGUGCAAAUCAUCCCACCGCAAAUGUCCUUGUGAAGAUGCUGGAGGAAACAGGUACAAAAGUAUCUAUAUCCACAGUAAAACAAGUCCUAUAUUGACAUAACCUGAAAGGCCGCUCAGCAAGGAAGAAGCCACUGCUCCAAAACCGCCAUAAAAAAGCCAGACUAUGGUUUGCAACUGGACAUGGGGACAAAGAUUGUACUUUUUGGAGAAAUGUCCUCUGGUCUGAUGAAACAAAAAUAUAACUGUUUGGCCAUAAUGACCAUCGUUAUGUUUGGAGGAAAAGGGGGAAGGCUUGCAAGCCAAAGAACACCAUCCCAACCGUGAUGCACGGGGGUGGCAGCAUCAUGCUGUGGGGGUGCUUUGCUGCAGGAGGGACUGGUGCACUUCACAAAAUAGAUGGCAUCAUGAGGAAGGAAAAUUAUGUGGAUAUAUUGAAGCAACAUCUCAAGACAUCAGUCAGGAAGUUAAAGCUUGGUCGCAAAUGGGUCUUCCAAAUGGACAAUGACCCCAAGCAUACUUCCAAAGUUGUGGCAAAAUGGCUUAAGGACAACAAAGUCAAGGUAUUGGAGUGGCCAUCACAAAGCCCUGACCUCAAUCCAAUAGAACAUUUGUGGGCAUAACUGAAAAAGCGUGUGCGAGCAAGGAGGCCUACAAACCUAACACAGUUACACCAGCUCUGUCAGGAGGAAUGGGCCAAAAUUCACCCAACUUAUUGUGGGAAGCUUGUGGAAGGCUACCCGAAACGUUUGACCCAAGUUAAACAAUUUAAAGGCAAUGCUACCAAAUACUAAUUGAGUGUAUGUGUCACGGAUUCAGCCGAGGCUGCCCCUCCUCCUUGCUCGGGCAGGCUUCGGCGUUCGUCGUCACCGGAGUACUAGCUGCUACCGAUCCAUGUAUCUAUGUUCGACUUGUUUUGUCUUAAUUGGUCACACCUGUUUCCCAUUAUGUAGUUAUGUCUUCCCUAUUUAACCCUCUGUCUCACACUGUGUGUUGUGCGUGUUUGUUCAUGUUUUGGUUGUCGUUAGUGUGCGGGUUUGUUUCCUCCCUGCGUGGAGGUUGUUGUUCAUUCUUUUACCUACGAGUAAAGUACGCCUUUUGAUUAGCUCUGUGUCCUGCGCCUGACUUUGCCAACCGCUUUACACUGACGCCUUGACAGAAACAUGCACCAUCUACAUGGAGUCAGCAGGUACAGCUAUGCCAGCCGGAUCGAUGGAGGAACGCGUCCAACAACAAGCGGCCAUGAUCCAGGCUCUCGGCACUACUAUGGAACGAGUAGUGAAUACUAUGGAGCAAUGGGAGAGAGGAGGUAUCCCUAUACCUCCUCCGAUUACACCACCACCUACACCAAUCGCUUCACCCUCUGGGUCCAGUGGGAUUCGGCUCUCGCUCCCGAGGGCUUAUGACGGUACAGCUGCCGCGUGUCAGGGUUUUCUGCUCCAGGUAGAGCUCUACCUGGCAACCAUCCACCAUCCAAGAGCGUGUCCGCCCUCAUCUCCUGUCUGUCCGGUAAAGGGCUGGAGUGGGCCAACGCCGAGUGGGGGGGAAUAGACGCCGCAACUGUAAGCUAUGCAGAGUUUACCCGCCGCUUUAGGGCGGUAUUCGAUCAUCCACCAGAGGGGAGAGCGGCGGGUGAGCGUCUAUUCCACCUCAGACAGGGGAAGAGGAGCGCGCAGGAAUUUGCACUGGACUUUUGGACUCUGGCUGCCAGCGCAGGAUGGAAUGAGAGGGCCCUCAUCGACCUCUACCAUUGCAGCUUAAGGGAGGACGUUCGUCGGGAAUUGGCCUGCAGGGACACCAACAUAAACCUGGACCAACUGGUGGAUAUGUCAAUUCGACUGGAUAACCUGUUGGCCACUCGCGGACGUCCGGAUCAGGGGCCGUCGAUUCCAUCCCCCAGCACCUCCGACCCUACCCCUAUGGAGCUGGAGGCGCUGCUAUGAGGGAGACCGGUAGAGGGGCAGUCCCCUGCACCAACUGUGGCCGCAGAGGACACACUGCUGGUCGGUGCUGGGGAGGGCCUUCAAGGAGUCGAGGCAGUAGGCAGCGCACUGGUGAACCAUUUCAGGUGAGUAGGCACCCAACUCACCCAGAGCUCCCUGUUGCGCAUAUGUGUAUUAAUGUUGUAUUUCCAGAGUUUUCUUCUCAUUCCCAGCAUAAGGCGCAACUUUAUUGAUCGUCAGUUUACCCGUAGGUUAGGGAUUCCUAUUGUGCCAGUCGAUGUGCCCUUCCCUAUACAUGCCCUAGAUAGUCACCCUUUAGGGUCAGGUCUGAUUAGGGAGGUCACAGCGCCACUCUGGAUGAAGACGCAGGAGGGGCAUGAGGAAAUAAUUAAUCUAUAUCUGAUUGAUUCUCCUGCGUUUCCAGUGGUGUUGGGGCUUCCCUGGUUAACUUCUCAUGACCCCACUAUUUCAUGGCAACAGAGGGCUCUCAAGGGAUGGUCAAGUCAGUGCUUGGGGAGGUGUGUAGGUGUUUCCGUAGGGGCAACUACGGUGAAAAGUUCAAACCAGGUUCCCACCAUGCACAUUCCGCCUGAAUAUGCCGAUUUGUAUCUCGCCUUCUGUAAAAAGAAGGCGACUCAAUUACCACCCCAUCGACAGGGGGAUUGUGCGAUAAACCUCCAGGUAGGUGCUGCGCUUCCCCGCAGUCACGUGUAUCCUCUGUCACAGGAAGAGACGGCGGCAAUGGAAACAUAUGUCACCGAAUCUCUGAGACAAGGAUACAUUUGGCCGUCCACUUCCCCUGUGUCAUCAAGUUAUUUUUUGUGAAGAAGAAGGAUGGUGGCUUACGCCCGUGCAUUGACUACCGUGGUCUACAUCAGAUCACUGUAAAAUACAGCUAUCCAUUACCUCUGAUUGCGAGUAUAACGGAGUCAUUGCACGGGGCGCGCUUCUUCACAAAAUUGGAUCUUAGGAGCGCGUACAACUGGUGCGUAUCCGGGAGGGAGAUGAGUGGAAGACGGCAUUUACUACCACCUCGGGGCACUAUGAGUACCUCGUCAUGCCAUACGGUUUGAUGAAUGCUCCUUCAGUCUUCCAAUCUUUUGUUGAUGAGAUUUUCAGGGACCUGCAUGGACAGGGUGUAGUGGUGUAUAUUGAUGACAUUCUCAUAUACUCCGCUACACGGGCCGAGCAUGUGUCCCUGGUGCGUCAGGUGCUUGGUAGACUGUUGGAGCAUGACCUGUAUGUGAAGGCGGAGAAAUGUCUGUUCUUCCAAGAGUCCAUCUCCUUCCUAGGGGACCGCCUGUCCGCGUCAGGUGUGGAGAUGGAGAUUGACCGCAUUUUGGCCGUGCGUAAUUGGCCGACUCCAACCACGGUGAAGGAGGUGCAGCGAUUUUUGGGUUUUGCCAAUUACUACCGGAGGUUUAUCCGGGGCUUUGGUCAGGUAGCGGCUCCCAUUACCUCCUUGCUAAAGGGAGGACCGGUGCGUCUACAGUGGUCAGCUGAGGCGGACAGGGCUUUUGGGCAUCUGAAGGACCUGUUUAAUUCGGCUCCGGUGCUGGCUCAUCCGGAUCCUUCCUUGGCAUUCCAGGUUGAGGUGGAUGCAUCCGAGGCUGGGAUUGGAGCUGUACUGUCUCAGCGCUCGGGUACGCCACCAAAACUCUGCCCCUGUGCUUUCUUUUCUAAGAAGCUCAGUCCGGCGGAGUGCAAUUAUGAUGUGGGGGACCGGGAGCUGUUAGCUGUGGUUCAAGCUCUGAAAGUGUGGAGGCAUUGGCUUGAGGGGGCUAAACACCCUUUUCUCAUUUUGACUGACCAUCGUAAUCUGGAGUACAUCUGGGCGGCGAGGAGUCUGAACCCUCGUCAGGCAAGGUGGGCCAUGUUCUUCACUCGUUUUGUGUUUACUCUCACUUACAGACCAGGUUCCCAGAACAUUAAAGCAGACGCCCUGUCCCGACUGUAUGACACAGAGGAGAGGUCCAUUGAGCCCACUCCCGGCGUCGUGUCUGGUGGCACCGGUGGUGUGGGAGGUUGACGCGGACAUCGAGUGGGCGUUACGUACCGAGCCCACUCCCCACCAGUGUCCAGAGGGUCGGAUGUACGUGCCGCUCGAGGUUCGUGAUCGAUUGAUCUAUUGGGCUCACACGUCACCCUCCUCUGGUCAUCCUGGCAUCGGUCGGACAGUGCACUGUCUUAGUGGGAAGUACUGGUGGCCCACUUUAGCCAAGGACGUGACAGUUUAUGUUUCCUCCUGCUCGGUGUGCGCCCAGUGUAAGGCACCUAGACACCUGCCCAGAGGGAAAUUACAACCCCUACCCAUCCACAACGGCCGUGGUCCCACCUAGCGGUGGAUUUUGUGACGGACCUCUCCCCCUCACAAGGGAACACCAUGAUCCUGGUCGUUGUGGAUCAGUUUUCGAAGUCCUGCCGUCUCAUUCCUAUGCCAGGUCUCCCUACAGCCCUACAAACUGCUGAGGCCCUGUUUACACACGUCUUCCGGCACUACGGGGUACCUGAGGAUAUUGUGUCGGCUCGGGGUCCCCAGUUCACCUCAAGGGUCUGGAGGGCGUUCAUGGAAUGUCUGGGGGUCUCGAUUAGCCUUACCUCAGGUUUUCACCCCGAGAGUAAUGGGCAGGUGGAGAGAGUUAACCAGGAUGUGGGUAGGUUUCUGAGGUCCUAUUGCCAGGACCAGCAGGGGGAGUGGUCAGGUUAUAUCCCCUGGGCAGAGAUAGCCCAAAACUCACUCCGCCACUCCUCUACUAACCUUACGCCUUUCCAGUGUGUGUUAGGUUAUCAGCCGGUCCUGGCACCUUGGCAUCAGAGCCAGAUCUAGGCUCCUGCGGUGGAUGAGUGGUUUCGGCGCUCGGAAGAGACCUGGAACGCUGCUCAUGUACACCUGCAGCGGGCAAUCAGGCGACAUAAGGCGAGCGCCGAUCGCCACCGCAGUGAUUUCCCGGUGUAUGCACCGGGGGACCAGGUCUGGCUCUCGAACCGAAACCUGCCCCUUCGCCUGCCCUGUAGGAAGCUGGGUCGGCGGUUUGUGGGGCCAUUUAAAGUCCUGAGGAGAUUGAACGAGGUUUGUUAUAGGUUACAACUUCUUAUUAAUUACCGUAUUAACCCCUUGUUCCAUGUGUCUCUCCUCAGGCCAGUAGUAGCUGGUCCACUCCAGGAGUCUGAGGUACGGGAGGUUCCUCCGCCCCCCCCUGGACAUCGAGGGGGCUCUGGCGUACUCGGUCCAUUCCAUCUUGGAUUCGAGGCGUCGGGUGGGGGGCCUGCAGUAUCUCGUGGAGUGGGAGGGGUAUGGUCCGGAGGAACGAUGCUGGGUCCCUAGGAGGGACAUCCUCGAUCCCUCCAUGUUGAGGGAUUUCCACCAGAGUCAUCCGACCCGCCCUGCUCUGCGUCCUCCUGGCCGUCACCGAGGCCGGGGUCGGCGCACGGCUGGAGCCGCGCGUCAAGGGGGGGGUACUGUCACGGAUUCAGCCGAGGCUGCCCCUCCUCCUUGCUCGGGCAGGCUUCGGCGUUCGUCGUCACCAGAGUACUAGCUGCUACCGAUCCAUGUAUCUAUGUUCGACUUGUUUUGUCUUAAUUGGUCACACCUGUUUCCCAUUAUGUAGUUAUGUCUUCCCUAUUUAACCCUCUGUCUCACACUGUGUGUUGUGCGUGUUUGUUCAUGUUUUGGUUGUCGUUAGUGUGCGGAUUUGUUCCCUCCCUGCGUGGAGGUUGUUGUUCAUUCUUUUACCUACGAGUAAAGUACGCCUUUUGAUUAGCUCUGUGCCCUGCGCCUGACUUUGCCUACCGCUUUACACUGACGCCUUAACAGUAUGUAAACUUCUGACCCACCGGGAAUGUGGUGAAAGAAAUAAAAGAUGAAAUAAAUAAUUCUCUCUACUAUUAUUCUGACAUUUCAAAUUCUUAAAAUUAAGUGGUGAUCCUAACUGACCUAAGACAGGGAAUUUUUACUAGGAUUAAAUGUCAGGAAUUGUGAAAAACUGAGUUUAAAUGUAUUUGGCUAAGGUGUAUGUAAACUUCCGACUUCAACUGUAUGUACAGGUACUUGAGAAGUGUUCUCCCUGUUUCGUUAUUUGUUUCAGUGUUAGGUAGUAUUUCGUAUUUUGGCUGUCAGCGAGUUUUUGGAGACUUAUUUGCUCCGCCUUUCUUUUAUCGUGAUAAAUCCGUUAUUUUGGCUUCGGGACCACCUGUAAAGAUCCUUGUUUCACUAUCUCUGCCUACUGCCUACUGUAUAACCUGCACCGCACCUGGGUCACACCUCACCCCAACCCUUACAUUCAAGUAUGACUGACUAGUGUUUCCUCAUAUGAUCCCUUAUCUCCCUUGGUCCUAGUACUGAUGUACACUACCGGUCAAAAGUUUUAGAACACCUACUCAUUCUAGGAUUUUAUCUUUAUUUUUACUAUUUUCUACAUUGUAGAAUAGUAGUGAAGACAUCAAAACUAUGAAAUAACACAUAUGGAAUCAUGUAGUAACCCAAAAGUUGUUAAACAAAUCAAAAUAUAUUUUAUAUUUGAGGUUCUUCAAAUAGCCACCCUUUGCCUUGAUGACAGCUUUGGACGCUCUUGGCAUUCUCUCAACCAGCUUCACCUGGAAUGCUUUUCCAACAGUCUUGAAGGAGUUCCCACAUUUGCUGAGCACUUGUUGGCUGCUUUUCCUUCCCUCUGCAGUCCGACUCUUCCCAAACCAAUUAAAUUUGGUUGAGGUCGGGGGAUUGUGGAGGCCAGGUCAUCUGAUGCAGCACUCCAUCACUCUCCUUCUUGGUAAUAUAGCCCUUAUACAGCCUGGAGGUGUGUUGGGUCAUUGUCCUGUUGAAAUACAAAUGAUAGUCCGACUAAGCCCAAACCAGAUGGGAUGGCGUAUCGCUGCAGAAUGCUGUGGUAGCCAUGCUGGUUAAGUGUGCCUUGAAUUCUAAAUAAAUCACAGACAGUGUCACCAGCAAAGCACCCCCACACCAUCACACCUCCUCCUCCAUGCUUUACGGUGGGAACUACACAUGCGGAGAUCAUCCGUUCACCCACACCGCGUCUCACAAAGACACAGCGGUUUGAACCAAAAAUCUCCAAUUUGGAUUCCAGACCAAAGGACAAAUUUCCCCCGGUCUAAUGUCCAUUGCUUGCGUUUCUUGGCACAAGCAGGUCUCUUCUUAUUAUUGGUGUCCUUUAGUAGUGGUUUCUUUGCAGCAAUUCGACCAUGAAGGGCUGAUUCACAGUCUUCUCUGAACAGUUGAUGUCGAGAUGUGUCUGUUACUUGACCUCUGUGAAUAAUUUAUUUGGGCUGCAAUUUCUGAGGCUGGUAACUAAUGAACUUAUCCACUGCAGCAGAGGUAAAAAAAGUUUUAGAACGGAGUCUUGUCUACGUCAGAACGCCAUUCCUGUGGCGGUCCUCAUGAGAGCCAGUUUCAACAUAGUGCUUGAAGAAGUUCUUGAAAUGUUCCAUAUUGACUGACCUUCAUGUCUUAAAGUAAUGAUGGACUGUCGUUUCUCUUUGCUUAUUUGAGCUGUUCUUGCCAUAAUAUGGACUUGGUCUUUUACCAAAUAGGGCUAUCUUCUGUAUACCACCCCUACCUUGUCACAACCCAACUGAUUGGCUGAAACGCAUUAACAAGGAAAGAAAUUCCACAAAUUAACUUUUAAGAAGGCACACCUGUUAAUUGAAAUGCAUUCCAGGUGACUACUUCUUGAAGCUGGUUGAGAGAAUGCCAAGAGUGUGCAAAGCUGUCAUCAAGGCAAAGGUUGGCUAUUUGAAGAAUCUCAAAUAUAGAAUAUAUUUUGAUUUGUAUAACGCCUUUUUCGUUACUACAUGAUUCCACAGUGCAUAUGUGUUAUUUCAUUGUUUUGAAGUCUUCACUAUUAUUCUACAAUGUAGAAAAUAGUAAAAAGAAGAAAAACCCUUGAAUGAGUUUGUGUUCUAAAACUUUUGACUGGUAGUGUAUUUGAAAUUAAUAGAGGGACCAAGGCAAUGACUUGUGCAGAGAAUGUCAGUUUAUUCUCAUUUUUCAAUCUGCUAAUAGAGUUACAGCCUUUUUUUAUCCCUGUAAACAUUUGUAUAUUAGCUGUGAAUAACGUCAUAGGGAAGAGAGAGAGAAAGAGGAGGUGGAGAUGGGGCUGGAGAGAGUGAAAGUGAGAAAGAAAACAGAAAGGGAUUUUGUUCUCAAUGUUUUGAUACACUGUAUAUUCCAUCUAUUGUACCUUAGUCCAACCAUUAAACCUGGGCCAGUGCUGUAUGUCCAAGAGGUGCCAGAGACAAAGAAUGAAUGAUAUAGAGCAACAAAUGUGUGAAGCAGAGAGAGAGAGAAAACAGAAUGAAAGCGAAAACUAGAAGGAGAGAGAGAGAGAGAGAGAGAGAGAGAGAGAGAGAGAGAGAGAGAGAGGGGAGAGACAAAGAGAGGGAAGAAAGAGAGAAUAGUGAGAUGUGUGUUCAUUAGUCCUGGAGCUAACUGCUCCUCUCUCAUAUAGCUCCUUGAGUUUCAGCUCAUCUGCAUGAGGCAGCCAGGGCCCCUGGUGUCCCUGGUCGGCCAGAGCCCUGGUCCUAAUGAGAGGGAGAGGGGGGUUUGGGUUACACUCCCCCUUACCCUGCCCUGCUCCAGCCUGGGUAUCGAUCCUGGGUUUACCCCUGUGAGUUUCACUCAUACGCACACUAGCGAGGACAGAGCACUACUGGCUGGCUGGGUGGGUGUUGAUGCUGGGCCGCUACCAUGGAGAGAUGCAAAUGGAAAAUAAGACAAUACUGCUAGGAGAGAGAGAGGGGAGUUGUUUAAAAAAAAGAGGAGACGAGUGAUGAAUUUGAGACGGCUACACUCUACACCCUGGUAGUGCAUCGAUCGGAAGAGAGACUUUGACCAACCAAAGCAGUGAUGUCGAUGGUGUUGUUCCCUCUACCCUCAGAUCUGUAGAUAAAGACAUAACCAUGUUUUCGGAGUCCAUUUGACAGUGAAGUUCCAUGUCACAGGCUGUGUAUUCUGAUCUAACAGUAAGAUACAGGCAACAAGGCUUCACAUAACUGGGGAAAAACAAUCAAUAACAAUAAUUUCUUAAGAUUUAGCAAGAGGAAACGAAAUGGAAAUUGAAAAUGGAUUAUUGGAGGAGCAAGGACAGGACAUACAGUAUCUGGGUAGGAUGUCUCUGAAGGAAGUCUUAGAAUAUUCUCUCCCCCUGUUGAUCAAACCAAGGACGCAUUUCUCAAGCUACACAGUGGAGACAGAUUGUGGGCAUUCUAUAAAACCUAGUCAGAGGAGGGGAGAGGAGAAUACAAGUGGAAUUGAGAGUGGGUGGUCUAGUGCUGAAGGUAAUGAAGUACUGUGCGGGGCACUUUCACGACCACCUGAGUGCAGUUAUACUGCCUUUCUCUGAGUUUUCUCUGUUCCACUCAACCAGUAGCAUUAAACAAUUUCAAAUCCUACUCUAUACGCUGCUUCAGUGUAAUUACUCAUUAGUGCCAAUCAAAAAUCUAUAUGCUCCAUUUUCAUUUUCAGAAUCCUGCAUUUCAAGCUCCUCGUAUCAAGGAUAGGGUUGCAAAACUACCAGUAAUUAACCAAAGUUACCAGAAUUGUCAGUAAUUUUGGUAAUGAACAUACUUUUUGGCAAUCUAUGGAAAUGUUGGUAAUUUAAACUUGAAUAACUUUUAAAAAAUCAUAUAUAAAAUACAUUUGUUCUUCAUCAUUAUGUGUCCAUAUUGUCCAUGAGUUUCUAGUGGAAAGACCAUAUGGUUCAAGAGAAAAUUGCGUAAUUAAUGAAAAAAACAUCUAAUCAACAUUGACAACAGUUUGGCCCCAAAACAUUUACAAUGAAGACAUAUAGACAUAAAUAAAUAAAAGCGUGUUAAAAUAUAAAGGAUAUUCCACACUGAAAGCCUAAUAUUGAACACAAACGGUAUUCACUAAGUUGAUGGGAUGGAUUUAGGAUACUAUUUUACAGCAUUGUCAUUCAAUGUUUCAUAUUUAAAAUAUCUUAUUUUAUUAUUUUAUAUCUUUUACAUGUUAUUUACAUGUUGUUUAUAUGCAAUCACCUAAAAUCCUUAAAAGUUUCCCCAAAUUCUGUAGUUUACUGGUAUAUUUCUGAAGUUACCAGUAACAUUCCCUCCCUUUGCAAUCCUAAUCGAAGAGGAAAAAAGGAACAUAUGGACAAUUUAUUGUCAAUGUCUUGGCUGGAAGGCUUUUUUCUAAGCUACGCCUCUCAGGUUUCUUUGACUGACAUCUGUGCGAUGUCACUCUAUUAUUGGCCAUUUUGUUGGCGGACUGUAUGUGAGUAGGUCAAUGUACAUCAACCGUAGCAUAGCAACGCAGGCUGGACAUCGGCACUGUGUGCAUUAACCACUCUCUGUGUAAAAGCAUUUCCUUGUACCUGGUCCAAAAUAGCUUUUACUCACUCUCUCCUUACUCUGCGCUCACUCUCUACCUCCCUCACUCACGCGCUCCGGCUAUAGGACAUUAAUAUGAAGUGGAUUGAGUAUUGUUUUAAUGUUCGACAGGUAUAGCCUCUCUUAGCCUCCUCUACUCUCUCCCCUCUCUUUCUCUCUUUGUCUCUCUCACCCUUUCUCUAUCUCUCUGCCCUCCAUUUCCACAGCCUUUAAUUAAUCUGUGCUUUGGUAAAGUUUCAGAGGAUAGAUGGGAUUACUUUGAUAAUCCAGGAGAGAUCAAGAGAUCAUAAUGGAUUACAUCUGCAUAUUAAUAGUUAAUAUACUGUAUAUUGCCAUACCUUUCAUUGCUUUUAAUUAUUGUUGCUUAUGGUUAUGUCUUGGAUCGUGGCUAUUCAUUUGAGUUUCAAGACAAUGAACAUGUCGUUCCACUCAAUUAGCUAAUGCUUCCCAAAGAAUAUGCAAAAGGUUUGGUAAAACUCUCAUUUACAUGAGAGUGCUUAAGUAGCAGGUGUGAGUCUGUGAGGCUUUCAGGAAGCAAGCAUUUCAUAAUGUAAUUUAAUCUAAUGUAACAUUAAUUUGUAGAAUAAUGGUAAAAAGCUACAGGGAGAAAGAGUGUGUAAGAGAGAGACAGAGUGGGGCUGUUCAGGGAUGGUCUAACUACACAUGGUUUCGUGGACAAGGUGAUGGUUGGUCUAGACCUGGGGCCAAUCCUACAAAACACACCACAGUGACCAAGUCCAUUCUAAAUGAGUGAUGUCCAAACCACUGUGGUUAUCUUUGACAUGACAGGAGGAAGAUGGAUUCAUGGGAGUGAAGGCAGCCAUUAAUUAAUCUUUGACCAUCGAUGUUCACCUAUUUCGAAAUGAUAAGAAAAUGGGGAAGAAACCUCUUCCACUUUUUAUAAAUGAAAAUUAAUAUACACUACUGAGAUUAAUAAAAAUAGUUAAACCAAACAGGUAAUUCAAUGACAGACCCAGCAACAAAAAUGUGUUGUUAGGUCCUGAAAUGGUUGCCAAAAGUCGUCAGGAUAUUGUGUCCAUGGUCCACUGUAUUUCCCUCGUUCCCGGCGUGUCCCGGGGACGUCCCCGGGAUGUUCGCAGGAUGUUCGCAGGACCUUGUGUCAUGGUCCCCUGGAGGUCUUUCCUUCGUUUACUACAGUAUGAAGGGACCAAUCAGAGAGCACGGUUAUGACGAUGUCAUUAUAAAGUGACCAAAUUGGGACAAUGUCAACGUUCUGUUGCGACCAAGCUGGGACCUGUAUUAAAAGUCCUCUUAUGGUCCUGAGGUAAACAUCAUGUUUUAAAGGCCUUUAAAACAUCAUGUUUUAUAUACACUCAGUGGACAGUUUAUUAGGUACACCACCCCGUUCACAAAAAUGGUUUGUGGCUUGCAAUAUAAAGCAGGCAGACAGGCAUCGAGGCAUUCAGUUACUGUUCGAUUGAACGUUAGAAUGGGUAAAACGAGUGACCUAAGCGACUUUAAGUGUGGUAUGAUCGUCGGUGCCAGCCGCACCAAUUCCAGUAUCUCAGAAACGCCCGGCCUCCUGGGCUUUUCAGGCUCGACAAACAAAACACAUCCAGUCAGCGGGCAGUCCUGUGGGCAAAAACAGCUCGUUGAUGAGAGGUCGAAGGAGAAUGGCAAGAAUCCUGCAAGCUAAAAGACGGGUCACAAACAGGCAAAUAACGGCACACUACAACAGUGGUGUGCAGAACAGCAUCUCGGAAUGCACAACUCGUCCAUCCUUGUCACGGAUGGGCUAUAGUCUGGCACAGUGGACGCGUCAUAAAACCUAGAGGUAAAACACGGUAAUGGUUCCAAUCGUUUUUUCCCCAUUCAUUUUUGCAUCUGGAAUUUUAGAACUACUUCAUAUAAGGUCUGUGUUUCGUGUAGGCUUACCCUGAUGUGACAUUUUGAUAGCCAUGUAAUUCUCUCUCAGACAAGGUGAGUUUUCUCAAUAUAUUUGCCUCAAUUUACUCUAAAAAAUUCGAAAUGCUAAUUAGAAACAGAGAAGACCUUAGCAAGAUUACAAAUUCCUGCAGGAAGCUCCUGCACUUAAUCUCUAGCCAACACUGUCAGCUACAGUUCAACAGCGCGACCAGAGCCCUUUGUGCCUAGAGACCUUCUGUGCCCAAUCCAUGAACUUAAGUCCCCUUUCUCUGUCUUAGCUAGCUACUGACUAUAAUAAUAAUAAUAUGCCAUUUAGCAGACGCUUUUAUCCAAAGCGACUUACAGUCAUGUGUGCAUACAUUUUUACGUACACUUUAGCUAGCUAGUUAGCAGAGCAGUAGAUAAAAAAAAUAAUUGUGUUCUACUUAGCCUAGAUAAUUGUUUGUACAGUAUGUCGACUUUGGUGUCUAUCUCAGAUCUUAUGGCAUUUUUCAAGGAUGAGCAUAAGAGCAUUUAAAGGGGAGAAGACCACUAUAAGUCUGGCCAUGUGGAGAAGUGCAGCUAUAGUGAGAGGCAACUUACCGGUUUGGUAGGAGCCAGCAUGAGUGAUAAAGUUUAUCCUGUGUCGGUGAGUGUAGCUAUAAAGUUAAGUUUGAGCAUAUUAGCAAUACAAUGUGUUCUAUACAGCUGUCAACAUUCUACAAGGAAAGAGCCACUUAAUCAAUUAUAUAAUCAUUAACCAGAUUACCCCGGAUACCAGACUUCGAUGAGUGAUAACUCAGUUCUAGAAUGUUGUCAUUGAUGAAAAAUAAUCUAUUGACAUUCAAAAUUGACUUUGUUUAAACAUCCAGCCUGUAUUGUAAUUUCAUGACCAGAAACAGAUCUUCAAAGGCACAGUAUUUAUUUAUUCAGAGUGGCACAUGCAUUCAUACAGUCUUGAUUUAUAUGAUCCCACUAUAUGAUUGAUAUGUCAAGUGAUAAAAUCCCAAGUUAUAAAUUAAAAGUAGCUAGCGAGGUAAUUAGAAAAAUGCAAACAAGAAUACACACGAGAAACACUAUCAAUUAUUUACACGAGAAACUAAAAAGACUAUAAUAUCUACUUACUAGGUUACUUGCUACUUGUUUGCAUUGAGACAUGUGCCUUGAGGGAUGAUGUCAAAGCUUGCGUCAUGAUGUGUAGUUCUGUAUGCUAGCCAUAUUAGCGGCUAAUUAGCGUUUCAUUUUGUAGGGGUAAUUACAGGCAAGUAUAUUGAUAAAUGUUACCUUGUCCGAGAGAGAUUUGUGCGGUUAUCAAAAUGUCACACCAGGGUAAGCCUACAAGAAACACAGACCUUAUAUGAAGUUCUAAAAUCUACAACGCAAAAAUAUAUGGUGAAAAAACGAUUGGAACCAUUUCCUAGUUUUACCGCUAGGUUUCAGGGGUAUUAAAUAAAAUAAAAUAAAAUUUUAUUGGCCACAUGCGCCGAAUACAACAGGUUCAGACAUUACAGUGAAAUGCUUACUUACAGCCCUUAACCAACAGUGCAUUUAUUCAGACAGUAUUAUGACUCAUACUGUUGUACUCAACUGCAGCAGACGACCACACCGGGUCCCACUCCCAUCAGCUAAAAACAAGAAGAAGCAGCUCCAGUGGGCACGUGAUCACCAGCACUGGACAGUUGAGGAGUGGAAAAAACAGUGCCUGGUUCGACGAAGGAUUUGGCGUAAACAGCAUGAGUUCAUGGCCCAAUCCUACCUGGUGUCAAUGGUACUGGCUGGUGGCAGUGGUGUAAUGGUGUGGGGAAUGUUUUCCUUGAUACUAAUUAAGCAAUAUUUCCAUGCCACAAAGAAUUCAGGCUGUUCUGAAGGCAAAGGGGGGUCUGACUCAGUACUAAAUGGGUGUAUCUAAUAAACUGACUACUGUGUGUAUAUUUCCACGCUAUAAGGUUGGAAUAAUACUGUUAAAUUGUGAAAAGUAUGAUAAUGCCCUUUUAGUGUAAGAGCUGUUUGAAAAGACCGCCAUUAAAUUUCAGCCUGUUUUGGUGGGAUGGAGUUUUGGCCAUCCAUGCUGACAUCACCAUGUGGUAAAUUAGUUAAUAGACCAGUAAGAAAGAGAGUUCCAAACCUCUCUGCCAAUAACAGUUAGUUUUCAGUUUUCCCCUCCCCACUCAGACCACUCCCAGACCGUCCUAGCAAAAUUCUUGAUUGAGAAAUUGUCCUUUGCUAAGAAGCUAUUUUUGCUUCUUUUUGACCAUUUUAAUUGAAAACAAUCACAAAAGGUACUUAAUUGCUACACAGAAAUUAUUUGAUAUUAAGACAAAAACGGCUGCAUUGGAGCUUUAAUGUUCCUAGAACGUUUUCAGAACUUCAGUUAGAUAACAUAUCACUGAAACCUGAAAGGGACCCAACGAGAAUGUUACCUAAUGUCCUUAGGACGUCCCCUGUGAUGCUUUGAGGUUCUUGAUGAGGUGUGGGGGUGGUGAAUAUUGGCUAUUUGUCCUUAAUUUGAUUACCCAUUGUUCUGAUUGGCUGCUUUAUUCAGUAUAUCCUGCUCUGCCCUUGAUUAUUUUAGACUUCCUAUCCCUAACUGCAUCAUAGAUUUGGAACAUUAGCUCAAACAGAAAUAAGAAAUUAUAUGUAUUCUCAAUUUUUCUUAUGUUCAGAGAAUAUGGAAUAUGAUGAGAAUGUAUAAAGUAUAUUGCAUAAACACUUUGCAUUAGCAUUCCUCAUUUCAAUGCAAACAGACAUGUACACUGCCACACAGACUGCCACUUAAAAGACAAUAAACAAAACAACUGUUGAAAAACAUUAUUUAAUUUAAUUCAAUUUUGAUAUCAAUCCAUGCAUUAAUAAUGGGUGGUAUAAAGCAUUCUGUAUGCUCAAUGUCACAUUUCACACAUCAAACACUAUUCUACACAUUUAUCUACUCCACUAGAACACUUCUGUCGUGAAAAUGCUUAUUGUCUUCCCGCCUUAACUUGCUGAGCUCAGUUAAAGUAUGGAGAGUAGGGAGGAAGUCCUGAGCCAUCACUAUCUCCUGCUACUGCAGCAGAAAUGGCAACUCAGCUUAUAGCUGGUAAUUGUGGUCAGGACACUAUGACCUUAUUCAUGUUUAUGGUGACUAAGAGGGAUGGGGGUGGGGUAUACUAUUUGUCCCUGGUGUAAGAAUUGGCUCCAUCUCAAAGACGCCAAGAGAUGGAGGGCCACAAGUAAUACUAAUUCUAUAUGAUUGUCCUUGCGCUAUUGCAGUGAGUUAUUUUAGCCCGCUGACAAGAAAUAUUUGAGCCAUGAUGUCAUCUUUACAAAUGAUAUUCCCGAAAUGAGAUUUUCAGUUAAUCAUGCUAACCCUGUCUUAUGACUAUGUCACAAGGUGGAUAAGUGACAGGUUCUGGGUCUGGGUUGAGCAGGCAGUAUGAAAGCAGAGGCAAACAACAAAAGGACAGUUCAACACAUUUAUUUUAAGGCAUGGUGUUUGCCAAGGUUUCAGCACACAGUUUGUCAAUUCAAUUCGAUUUCAUCGUCUCCAUAUUUCAUUUACAUAAACAUCAUUUUCUCUAAUGUUUAGCUUUAAAAUCCAUGUUAGUUAAACCAUCAUACAACAUACAAUCCAAACAAAAAGGGACACAAAUAGCUACACAGGACAGCAGGCAGGAGUCCAUAUUUGAUCACUUAGUCAUACAGCACAAUGUCCAUUUGACAUGUGCUCUAACCAAACAUUUCACCCUUAAGCUCUGUUGCAACAUGGAUCCACCAUGCCUCUGGACCGCAUCACUUUCUGUGGGCGUCUGCCUGGAACAUAAAAAACAAGGGGAUUUUAAUACACAAUUCAAAAUCACAUUAUAUGUUAAUCGUCCAAUAGGAAUGCUUGAUUGUUACACAUUGUUACACAAAAUAGUGUAACAAUUACCCCUUUGUAAGUCAAUGAAAUAAUUACAUGCAUAAUAACCCUGUCAAAAAGUGAUUGUUCGCCUCAUAGCCUAUUGUGUUGACUAGGGUUUCCUAGUAUUGCAUCUUCCCUGAUUUGUCCAAAACCCCCACUAAAUCCCUUAUUAGCUCUGAUCUCACAAACCUACAAGGGAAGUCACCUCAUUCAUAAAUCCAUGUAGAUAAAUGGAUUCACCAUUUGCAACCAUUUUCACUGCAUGAGACUGGUUGGUACCCAAGAGCCCUGACUCCUCAGUUGUCUCACACCUGGAACCACAGGUGGGACAGGAGACAUCUCACUCAGAGGCAGAAGAGGCCAUCAUCCCAUCUCUUUCUCCCCCCAAUUCCCUCUCUCUCUGAGGUGUCUGGUGACUGUGGCUCUCCCACACAGUCAACUAAUGGCUUGCUUUCCCUCUGAGAGAGAGAGAGAAAGAGAGAGAGAGAGGGAGGAGGGAGGAGGGAGUGAGGGAGGGAUGGCUGCAGCCCACCAGCGCCCCCAGGGCCCCUUGCCUGCCUCGCUCCUGCUGCUCGCUGCUGCUGUGGCUCAAUACCAGAGUCUCCUGGCUGGGAUCACAACCCUGCGAGUCAGCCCAGAGAAGAUCUGCUGUGUGUGGAGCCUCCCAGUCCGUUCUCCUGUUUAGUCCUACUUUGUCUCAGUCUGUACUGACAACUCUCUGAGCUGCCCCUCCACCAUCUCCAUCAUCAUGGCUGUGGUUGUGGGUUCAGCUCCAUGGGCAGCCCCACUGGCCCUGGUACUACUGGCAAUCACCCUGGCAGUGCCAGCCCUGGGAGGGUGCCCAUCCGCCUGCCGGUGCUCCUUCGCCAUGCUGCAGUGCCUGGAGCCUGAUGGCAUUGCCACUAUACCCGCGUUGGCACUACAGGAGAGCGAGAACGUCACGGAAAUGUGAGUGCUGUUGGUUGUUUGGAUGGUUGGUUGGUUGAUUGGUUCUGCUGGGUUUGAUGUGUGCGUUUGUCAAGUGCUCAUGUCCUGCUUAUCUAUCUGUUGACUCAGUCUUGGAUGGGGUGUCUGGUAGUGUCAAUAAUGAGUUGGGUUGGCAUAAUGGUUCAUCCAUUGCUUUGAUGAUCUGAUGUUGGUUGCCUGACCGGCUUGAGCUGUUUGAAGCAAUGCUGGGCAUGGAACAACAAGUACAUGUCUUAAUAGGAGAAGGUGAAUAUAGUCCAGUAUGGAGUUGAAUCAAGGUGAUUGGUUUCCAUGCAUUUUCAUGGAGAGGGGGGUUAUAUGACCCCAUGGAUUGAAUCCAUUUUGUAUGACCACCGGCCUUCAGUGUGUGUUAGUAUGGUAAUGAGCUGGUUAGAUAACGAAGUUCAUUUUAAUGGUGUUCCUGCUUUGAUGAUUGCUUCUACAAAUUAGAUUGGCAAAAGACACUCUUGUGCAGGCACUUUUUGAGAAGUUUUACAGAACUGUUAUGAAAAAAUGUUAAGAGAUUUUUUUCUCUAAGACUGUAGUUUAUUGAUUAUUGGUUGAUGCUAAACAUGUCUGGAAUAGUCAGCACACAUUUACAGUUUGUCCCUAGUUGGAUGGAAAGAUGAGAAGUCCAUGAGAUUCAAAGAGUAUGUAUCAAAGUAUGUAUCUGGAGAUUAUCCAUCUUAAAUCUUAUCAGAGACUUCUACUCCUAGUCCUAUUUCCAUUAUUUCACAACUGGUGUUUCUCAAUUUCUGUUUCCAGUGAACAAAUUCCACUCAAUGAACUCAUCAAAUUGAACUCCCCCGCCUUGAGUUGGGGUUACAGACUCUGUUUGAUCUUGUGUCUGGUGGUUUAGCAUGGGCUGAACUGGGGCGUGAUACACUGUAAGAGAACACUAUUGAUAAGAGCAGAGUCAGUGGUAGUGGAGUGAUCAGGUCUGUGGGAUUGUGUUAGUAUUGAUACUGUUUCACUAAUACUCUGCCUUGGUGACUGCAAACAGUCUAUUCACAGUAAUGCAUCAUAGAGGCACUAUAGCAGCAAGGUAUUCUGAUACAUACAUCCUUGCCUGGUGAAAGUCAACCUCACAAACCUGUUGAGAACAUGUUGUUGUGCAGGAGGCUUGUGCUUCCCUGAAGGACUAUUAAUCAACAGAGUAUAUAUACUUAAGUAAAACUGCCAUAGAAGAGACACAUAUAUAAUAUUUUAAAGGGUACACUCUACUUAAAGAUACACUCUAAAUUCGUAACAUAUUGCAUGAAUUUGAUUCGUAACAUGUUCGUAUGAUAUCAUACAAAUUUAAAAAUGUCAUAACAUAUCACACAAAAUGGAUUACAUAGUACCCAUUGGAUGACGUAGUACACAAAAACGGAGACCACUUUUAGCUUAUGAGCACUACUUUCAAAUUAUACAAAAGUUUAAGAAUGCAUCUUUAAGCAAUUAUCUGUUACUUUACACUACACCCCACUGUCCACUAUUUUCAGAGAACUGGAAAAUGGCCACCUGUCAUUCAGAAAAGAAAAAGCUGUUAUACUUAGGCUAUACAGUACUGAAAUGACCAACUAAUGCCAUUUUCUGUAUCCAUCUGUUCUGUUUGUCUCUCUCUACUGCUCUCACAUAACACUCAAUUGGGCUUGUUAAGGGAGAGAUCCGCAUCUAACAUCGUCCAGUUAGUCUCUCCUCAUCUUCUCUCCUCUCUCUCUCUCUAUCUCUCUCCUCUCUUCUCUCUCUCUCUCUCUCUCUCUCUCUCUCUCUCUCUCUCUCUCUCUCUCUCUCUCUCUCUCUCUCUCUCUCUCUCUCUCUCUCUCUUCUCAGUACCUGUGGCUAAACGUGUUACUUAGAACGCCAGCAGAGCUGCUAAAUUCAUUCUGAAGCCAUUCAAUCAAUAAGCAAGAGCUGCUCUUUCGGCAUGUGUUUCAGCAGAACAAACAAGAAGCCGUUAACUAUGGAACAGGGGCCCAAAUUCAUAAUGCACUGUUAUAAAUUAAAUUUUGUAAUUUGUCAGCGAAUGCCCGCCUGAGAACACUAGAUGAAAUAUGACCCACUUGGCUCAAUCCAAUAAGCAUGGGGGCGAUUGGUGAUUCUCAUUCCACCUGCCCUGCAAUUACAUUACUGCUCCGUGGGUCAAAUAAAUAUCUGUGUUACGCAGUGACAGACUGAAACAAUAGUGCCUCACUGUUAAAGAAGGAAAUAUUUGGUGAUGGAGAUGUUUGGGGCACUGCCCAGUGGGCAAAACUGGCUGCAAUGAUGUCUGUCUGAUGUCUUUUGUGACUGUAAAAGGACAUUUUUAGUGAUCAGAAAGAGAGGUCUUCACCUGGUUGUAAUCUGGUUAUCGGUCGUCACGUCAACCAGAUACCAAUGAAAAUAUAUUAAGAAUUUCCUAGGUGUUGUCAUGAAAAAGGGUUGAGUGCUGUUUUUUUAAGCUAUACUGUAUGUGAAAAAAAGCUUUGAGUUUUUAUUGAUAAAAUUGUUUAAGUGGAGGAAGCUUCCCUUUAACUAAAUUUCCCCUCUUAGUCCUUUUAUACUGCUUUACUUCUGCUUUGCUUCUGGUUAUUGAUACAGUAAUGGUGAAAUAUCAUGAAUGCUAUAUAACAGUCUAUACAAAAAUGUACUUUUCUGGCCACGUCGUGUACAUAUGUAGGAUCUUAAUUUGAUCACCCUGUUGCAGGAUAACUUUUCUACAAUGCUGGAAAUGUGUAUUUAAGGUUUAAAAAGGCUUCUGAAGUUUAUAAUUACAUUUAGAAAUGUCAGACUUGAUUUUCCCUUACGGAAAAUGUAUCAACUUCUACAAAAAUAUCCAAUAAUUAUAAUCUGCAUAAUAAUUCACAUUUCCUGUUGGUGCAAGAUUAUUUCCCUGCUGUAGCAAACUGGCUCAAAUGAAGAUCCUACAUCUGUACACUCUUAGAAAAAAGGAUUCCAAAGGGAUUCUACGGCUGUCCCCAUAGGAGAACCCUUUUUGGUUCCAGGUAGAAAUAUUUUGGUUUCCAUGUAGAACCCUCUGUGGAAAGGGUUCUACAUGGAACCUGAAAGGGUUCUACCUGGAACCAAAAGGGUUCUAACUGGAACCAAAAUGGUUUUUCAAAGGGUUCUACUAUGGGGACAGCCGAAUAACCCUUUUAGGUUCUAGAUAGCACAUUUUUGUUCUAAGACUGAACGUACAAAGAGGUUCAAGAUACUGUCGUUCAAGAGUAGAGCAAAGUGACCUUGUGUUGAGUGUUGAGUUGACAUACUGUCCCCUCGUGAAAUAAUAGGUGUGUCUGGAAAAGUGGAAAAUGACUAAUUGAAGAGAAUUUACCAGCGAUGUCAACUGAGUGUCUCACAAGAAGACAAAUGGUUUUUCCAAGUCUUCUUUACAGUAGAUUUAGUUUUGAUAUUAGCUUUGUGGUUUGUUUUCUUUGCAUCUGCCUUGGUCUGGUUAUGCUAUCAGUUGUCAGGCUCUAGCCCACAAAGGUCCAUGGUUUGGACAAUGCACUCAUGAAUUUCACUAUAAAAUAUAUCACUCAGUGCUGUACUGUGUCAUUUCAGUACCUUUUUAGAGCUUUCAUCACAUUUAAUACAUGUAAACCCUUUUGUAUUUGUCAUUAAAUCAGAUGUUCUGCUUUGUCUGGAUUGCUUUGGGUAAAAACAGCUCAUUGUUCCUAGAAAGUAUUUUUGUAUUUUGCUGUCAGUUCUUUUUUGGUUUUGCUUUUUGGAAUUGUACUCAAAUCAAUGCUGAAUGCCAUAAUUAAAUGUUUCCUUUAAUUUUACAUUGUAUUUCUUUUUUGUUUCAUUACCCAGUUACAUCGAAAAUCAAGCCAACCUGGAGAACAUCACAGAAGUAGACCUUGCCAACUAUAGAGAGUUGAAGAAUCUGUGAGUAACCUUGCAUUUUAUGUAAUAUGUAUGUACAGUAUUUUGCUAAUGCUGUAUGAUAAUAUGUUUGUAGAUGUAUAUUUGUAUUACUGUAUGACAUGCAUACAAAUGCAAAAUAUGCUACAAUACACCUAGCAGUUGAUUUGAUUGACUUGGCUUUAAAUGUUUGGUUGGUCCUGUCAUUGAGUGAGUGGUCUUCUCUACACUCCACCUUGUAGUACAUAAGCCCUCCCAAUAACCCUCUACCUUGUUAUAGCAAUCUGCAGUCCUAAACUUUACAACUCAACAUUUAAUUCCCUUUAUGGCUCUUUCAAUCAAGGGGGUGAACCUUGUGUGUUGCACAUUAGCCAUUAUUCUGAGCAGAAACCUGCAGUCCUGUACAGUAAUUUCACUUCAAUCCUUCUUCUAAGUACCUUACAACUAUCGUAUUCUAAGAAAGGAAAUGGUCUGGAGCUAGCUAAUACAGCUAAUACAGACUGGCUAAUAUACACACUAUGGAUUUACUGUGGCUAAUUAGUAGCAUAAUCAGUGAUUCACACUUCCUGUUCUGUCUUUUGUUUGUUUGUCGUGUUUCUCCCCCCAGCACGGUCACGUUCUGCAGGCUGGCGUACAUCUCGGCUAAUGCUUUCCAACACAACCUCAAGCUCCAAUACGUGUAAGUGUCCUUGUCUUUACAAAGGGAUUGUCUUUCCUUGUCAUGUCUCGACCCAUGCUUGGGUCAGGCUCUUUGUUGCUAUCAAUUAAGGGGAAGCCACCCAAGCCUUGAGAUCACAAAAUAUUGAACAUUUUACAUGAACUGGUCCCCAUGAACUUAUGGAUGUAAAUUCUGUACAUGAUUUGUGGUUUAUUAUUCAGCAGAGUCACUGCAAAAAUAUAACAAUAGAUUUCUGCUGGAAUACAGAUUCAAAUGACUGAAAUGUAAUCAUAAUUAAUUUGAUACCAUUUUAUUCCAACAGUGACACUAUGUAAGUUAUUUAGGCACAGAAUGCAUUGGUAUAGUAUCAGAGGCUCCACAGUAGUGAGUCAUGUGGGGCAGAUUCUGACCUCUGAUCUAACAGUGUGUUCAAUUUGUUUUACAAGAAACAUGCCAUUUCAAUUUAAAGUUAAAAGGAUUGGGUUGACACAAUGUAGACCAACCUGUUUUUACAAAUGUAGUCACAAUCAAUGCACAAUAUAUUGGACCACUUUUAGCAUAUUGAAAUGAUUUGGAUUCCACUUGUUAGAAUGUUCGAAUCAACAAUAUUAGAAAAACAAACCACUGAUGGAUGAAUCGUAGAUUCUUUUUCAGAUAUUUGUGUUUCUAACACUGUGAUCCAAACUUUCUCACAAUUGGAAUCCUUCAACUACCUUCUAAAGACACACUGUACAGCACACUGAAAAAUAACAACAACAAACAAGCAUUAGUGUUGCCCGUAUCUAGUGUUGGGGAGUAGUGAACUAAAUGUUGUUUAACUAGUAAUUUAACUACAUUUUGCAGUAAAUUGGUGGUAGUUUAACUAAAUUCACAUCUUGGUAGUGUUUUCAGUAGUCAAUGCCAUUUUUAUCAUGUAGCAGUGUAGCUAACUACUGGAACUACACAUUUUUUCUUCUUCUCCAAAAUAAAUAAAAUAUGGGUGAAGUAGGCAAGAAUGUAGUUUCUUUUUCGUCAUCAGACCUGCCUAAUUCUCACUUGAAACAUCGUUUUUGUUUUUAAUAGGAUAAAUGACAAAUUCUGUUAACAUCUGACUCCAGAGUGAUCUGUUCUUGUAAUUUGUAGUCUAUGACAUUUCAGAUUUAGAUAUGUUAAUUUACACACAAAGUAGUUUGGAUGUAGUGAACUACUUUUUCAAAGUAACUUUAGUUAAGCAAACUAUGUUUUUCUUAACGGUAGCUUUAGUGUAGCUUAACUUCUUACAGUGUGAAGUAAUUGGUAGUUGGUAAACUAUAUUUUCAGAGUAGCUUCCCCAAUACUGCCUGUAUCCAUGGCAAUCAUCCCUCCAUCAGUAGCUGACCCUUAUCUCCACCAUCUUGUCCUCAUCAUCUUACUAAGCGUGUGUGACAUGUCCGAUGUUGUUUAUCUGAAAGACAGGCGGUUUGGGAGGAGGAGGUGGGGUGGUGGGAAGGGUGCUGAAAGGGGUUCAGGGUUGUGGGGGAGGGGGUUCUGGCGAAAUCGGAGAAGACGUCCACUAGUCACCAUUUACUCGCCCACUUUGGUGGAUUAUCGACAACUGCUGCAUAAUAAAUACACUCCAGUAAGGGUCCAUUAUCGCUUAAUCAAUAUUUCAAAGAAGGGGCUGUGGGGUGUAACAGAUGUGUCUCUUAGAUUGGGAGCCCCACCCAAAACGGGGGAGAACAUGGGGGGGCUCUGAUACUGGGGGGCAAUUUUUCAAGACUUGCCAGGAUAUUUUCUCCUCCACCACCUUCCUUGUUCCUUAAGAUAUAUUAAGAUAUAUGUUGUGCAUGAGCACAGCUAGGAGCAGCUGCCACCCCCCCCCCCCCCCCCCCCAUGGCCCAGGAGGAAUCAAGCUGGUAAUAGAUAAGCCCCAAUGGCUAACCCAUCUGACAUGAACUUUUGGGAGCAAGGAAAACAAAUAAUUGAACCCCUCUGGCCCCCAUUGGCCCUGCCAGAGUGAAUAUGUAUCGGUUGCAUGAGCGGCCUCCCCAGUGUGGUCUGCUGUCAUCUUCUGAGGGGUUUUAUUUACACCCUCUGCCAGCACAGAAGCAUUUCAGAGCAGUCAUGGUGAUCUGCAGCAGGGGAGAACAUAUCUUCGCAGUGAUAUGCCUCAGAAAUCCACAUUUUCUUUUGAUUUACAGUAAAGUGCAGCACAUCUGAAUGUACAGUAGCUCUAUGAAAGCUACAUCUGCCAAGCGCCUGCAAUAUUGAAGCUUUUUUAUCAAAUGAAUUAACCUCAUACUCCUAAUACACAAUAUUUGAUAUAGUAAAACCUCUUGUCCUUUCUCCUCUUUCUUACAAGUACAAGCAGCAUCAUCAGGCUAAUAUAACUCGAGCACUCUAGUAGUGUUCGAUGGCCAAGAAUAGCAACCACCAUCUCAGAGAAGUGUUUGGGAUAAUCACCUAAUGUACAGAACAGUGGGACAACAGCGAGAGGUGUGCCAAUGAUGUUUGUGAAUGCAGCACUUAAUGUAAAAGGCUUGCCUGGGUAAUUGAGCAGAGUAAAUUUGGAGGCAUUAAUAUGUCCACCCAGAGAGUUAUUAUAAGCAUGUACGCAUUGUUCUGCAGUGAGUGAUCAUAUCUUGGGAUUAGUUCAAUGUGAUUUAUUUCAACAACAUAAAACAUACAUUUUACAACAUGAUGUCUCUAGGUGAAUGUUUAUUUACUUCAUCCAAAAAAUGAUUAUAGAUAACACAAAAAAAGUAUAUUACAGACUUCGAUUUUUGUCCUCAUUAUGUCAGCAUUUGAGAAAACAACAGGUGUCAGACACACAGUAGAACAGAAAAACUCAUUUGAAUAGAUAUAACAACUACGUGUGUAAACAUAACAACCAGCCAGGCUAUAAUGACUGCUGAUUGUUUGUGCAUGAAUGUGAGGACUCUUGACACAUUGGAAGUCCAAAGACAAGCAUAUGGAAACAGUGCAAAAACAAAAUGGUCCCUUUCUACUGGUAUUUGUUUCAGAUAUUGAGCUGUGGCCAUGCAUAGACCAUUCUUAUGCAAAACUCAACAUGGGUGAAAAGAGGGGGGGGGGGGGAUCAUAGGCUCAACAACAAAUUGUAUAAUACUGUAUUUUUAUUUUUUGCCAUUUAUAUGCUGAAAGUCCUGUUGGAUGGAUGUUGAUGUUGCCUUGUUGUAUCACACAGAAACCUGGCAUCUAACUCCCUGGAGCAUAUCAGUUGGAAGGUGUUCCAUUUUCUUCCCCUGCUCAACCUGUGAGUAAAACACCACUCAGAACAUCACUUCUGUACUCUCUUCAACUAGUCAACCUGUGACUGAAAUAUCACCUCAAUUAUGUAUUAUUUUCUCUGUUGAGUUUUUUCUCUCUAUUCAUUGCCCUCUUUCUUAAAUUCUAGAAUGUUCUAUUUGCAGUGUGCGUCUUUGAUAAUAACGACCUUGAAUGCUUUGUAUAGUCCUUUAGAAAGAACAAGAAGGUUACACAAUUGAGAGAAAACUUUUGGACAAAAGAGACCGAUUUUCUCUGUGUUCCCUUUCAGGGUUUUGAGGGACAACCCCCUUGUGUGCUCAUGUGAUAUCCAUUGGCUGCAGCAAUGGCAGCUUAACGAGCACAGUGACCUCGACAACCAACCGCUGCACUGCUUCUCCAAUGGCCAUGGCCUGCGGUUGGACUCCUUAGUGAUGGAGAAUUGCAGUGAGUUGAAUUGAUAGAUUUUUACUCAAUUUAGUAAUAUAUGCAUGAAAAUCAUGUACACAUAUAGUUCAAUCAUUGUAGAAAUAGUGUGACAAGGCUUUAUUAGACUUUAUUAGUAGCAUUGCUGAUUGGAUUGCUUUUAAACGUCAUUAUCAACAUUAAGUACCCCAGGCCAGACCAUAGAUUUUCCAACCCAUUCUUGGUCCAUUAUUUUGCAGCUGAACCGGAGGUCGCCAUUGUCCAUGCCAACACCAAGGUCCAGGAGGGGGGCAACCUGACAUUUGUGUGUCAGGUGACAGGAGUGCCCAUGCCUGUAGUGAGGUGGCGCACAAAUAAACUGCUGUCUCGCUAUACUGUACAGGUACUGAGUGAUGAUGUCACAUGGACAUACUGAUUGGAGAAAGCCAGCUAGAUCAGUGGGCCAGAGAUAUUGCACAAUGCACUUUUUGUUCCCAUAAUCUAGUAACAUGAUCAGGGUCACAUAGGAAGGAAAUGUAAAUGUAAAUAUUCAGAACUAAAAAGAAAAUAGUAUUAUGGUGUAUUUAGGUUUCAUAAUUGUGCACAUUGUCAUAAUCCUUCAGACUCCUUGAAUCUCAGAUGUCUCCAUGAUUGUUGUAAACUGUAAUGUGUAGCUAAACCCCUGUGGUCCUCUGUGCCUUGGUCCAUCUGUAGGAGAGGUUCUGGGGCUCCACUUUGGAGCUGGAGCUGCAGCUGUGGAAUAUGUCCUCAGAAGACAACCUGCACAACUUGACCUGUGAGGCAGAGAACCGGGCCGGGCCUGGGGAGGAGAAGGUGACGUUGGACAUUGAAUGUAAGUGCCAAUGACCUAUUAAAGGGUGUUGAAAGCAGAAAGACUCAUUGAGAGCUGUCAUACUGUAAUGAAAGCAGGAGAGGUAGAGGGAGAGAAGAAUUGUGUCAAUUUUCCUUUCACAGCAAUGUGUAUAGCCAGAGAUUUUUUCCCCAGAAUGAAAUACUUAGUAUUAAUAAUUGUGGCUAAAAAUAAGCCCACUUUACUUUAACAUGCCACAGGUCUUUCGUUUCGACUUAUUAUUAUCAGUUGUCACUCAAUAAUGAAUUAGUACAGUGGCAAUUUUAGCAUGUACAUUUUGGUGGGGCAAACAAAAUAAUGUUAUUUUAGAUGCAUGCCAGCAAAGCCACUACACAGCACAACACUAAAAAAUACAUUAAUUGCACUAUAACGGUGACAAACGGUGCCCACAAACUGUUAGGGCCUACAUAAAGCUGUUCCAACAGCAGAGCUUUCUUUUCAGCACCAUGGAGUGAAUCCUUACUACCACUACACAUGGCUACAUCAGAGGAGCCUUGUCUGGCAGCGAAACAGUUAAUUCAGCCUCAUUUACUGCCUUUUAAAAAAACAUAGCUGAUAUGGCUGACUUGCUUAAACAAAUGUGGUUUCUACUAACAAUUGAGAUGUACAAACUAUGGCAUAAGGGGACGACGAGUGGAUAAGAGGCAAUCCGUAAUUUCGAUUAAGCCAUUAAUAAGCGAGCUAGGACGGACAUAGUCAAUAUAACUAUUUGUACAGCACUUUUGAAAUGUACAGCGACAGAAUUCAGAACAUGGGCCGUAUUCUCCCUGUACACCAAGUCAGAACUGUAGGAUAAAUAAAGGGGGCAUAUAAGCAGACAAUGAAAACUCUUACAAUAUUAAAUGAUUACAUUUCUCUAAAACAGGCUAUAGGCUACAUGUGCACCACCAAGUCAGAACAGUAGGCUAAAUUAUGAGGGGGAAAGGGACAAAAUUAUUAGGGUGAGGCACAUGGGCUACUAACAGCUUACUACACAACAUACAUUUAGUAUGACUUUCUUAGCUACAGUAUACAUAUCUCCCUGGUAUAUUACAUCAUUUAUUCAGCAGAAUACAAUACAUUUGGACUCACCUUGUUGUGCUGUGCUCACUUGAACAGGAAGGAGCCGUGAGGGUCCAUGUGGACAAAUUUUGUCAUCAAACUUUGUCAUUAAAGUCUGGCAUUCUCUGGAUUUAUGGUGCUUUCAAGACAAAUGGGAACUCUGAAGAAAAAAAAGGUUGAAUCAUGACGUCAGUGAUCUUCAGGUCGGAGCUCUAGAAAGAGGCCUGAGUUCUCGACUUGGAAUUCCGAGUUGGAUGACCGUUCAAAACGUAUUUUCCUAGUCGGACCUAGUUUUUUUCAGAGUUCAGAGUUGUCUUGAACUCACUGAAGUCUGAGAUUUCCCAGUUCCGAGUUUCCAGUUGUUUUGAACGCGGCAGAAGUCAUGCUGGAUUGACAGCAUGGCCAAUGUCUUCAACCUUUUUUGGCCCAUGGUGUGUUGUGAGUGAAUGUUUAUCCUUUUAAACUUGGAAAAGAGACCCUUAAACACAGACUUGGACCACACACCCUCCCCACUGAAUAGCAGGCUAGUGAUUGCUUUGCAAAGCUUGCAGAUAGCCACUGUGUCACGCCCUGGCUCUGGGGACACUGUUAUGUUGAGCCAGGGUGUGUAAUUCUAUGUUUGUAUUUCUAUGUUGGCCUGAGUGACUCCCAAUCAGAGGCAACGAGUGUCAGCUGGUUGUCUCUGAUUGGGAGCCAUAUUUAACUGUCUGUCUUGCACUUUGUGUUUGUGGUUUCUUGUUCUUAUUUGGUUUGUUUAUGUAACCAGAGACAUCACGUUUUCGUCUGUUAUUUUGAUCGUGUGAUCAUUCUAAUAAAUAAUAUGUUCGCAUUCAACGCUGCGCCUUGGUCUCUCCCUGACGAUCGUGACAGAAGAAACCACCAAGAUGUGACCAAGCAGCGUGUCCAGGAGCCAUCGCCAGGGAGAUCCCUAACAGAUCUCCUUCGCCUCAUCGACUGGGUCAAGCCGAGUGAGGAAGAGAAGGGCUUGACGUUGGGGCAGAAGGGCGAAAGGCUGGCGAGGGACAUGGAGACCUGGUCCACGGGUAGGAGAAACGCCCAGAAUUUUUUUAGGGGGGGGGCUAACGCCGUGGACGACGGGCCAGCAGGAGACCGCGGCAGAGCGGCCCAGCGGAUUGGCAGAGGAGGCCGCCAGGUUACGGGGGCCACUGGUCGAAGAGGGGGUGGAGGAUGUAGAGGCACGGCGAGAGGUACUGGCGUGUGUUGCCAGUCCGGUCCGGCCUGUUCCUGAUCCCCACGUAGGGCCAGUGGUGUGUGUUCCCAGUACGGUCCGGCCUGUUCCUGCCACUCGCACCAAGUCUACGGUGCGCAUCGCCAGCUCGGCCCGGCCCAUUCCUGCUCCCCGCACCAAGUCUGUGGUGCGCGUCGUCAGCCCGGUCCGGCCCGCUCCUGCUCCCCACACCAAGUCAGUGGUGCGCUUCGUCAGCCCGGUCCGGCCCGUUCCUGCUCCCCGCACCAAGUCUACGGUGCGUGUCGCCAGCUCGGCCCGGCCUGCUCCCCGCACCAAGUCAGUGGUGCGUUUCGUCAGCCCUGUCCGGCCCGCUCCUGCUCCCCACACCAAGUCUGUGGUGCGCGUCGUCAGCUCGGUCCGGCCCGCUCCUGCUCCCCACACCAAGUCAGUGGUGCGCUUCGUCAGCCCGGUCCGGCCCGUUCCUGCUCCCCGCACCAAGUCUACGGUGCGUGUCGCCAGCUCGGCCCGGCCUGCUCCCCGCACCAAGUCAGUGGUGCGUUUCGUCAGCCCUGUCCGGCCCGCUCCUGCUCCCCACACCAAGCCAGUGGUGUGCGUCGUCGGUCCGGCACGGCCCGUGCCUGUUCCACUGGUGCCUGGUCCGGCACCGGUCAGAUGCGUUACGCCGGAGCUAGAGCAAUCCGCUCCAUCAGUGUGCAGUCCAGCUCCGGCCAGCGGGGCCAGACCGGACCAGGGGUACUUUGGGGGGUUGGAGAGGGAGUGGGGAUCAGGCCCGGAGCCGGAUCCGCCGCCAAGGCGGAGUGCCCACCCGGUCCCUUCCCUGUGGUAUUUAGUUGGCGCGGUCGGAGUCCGCGCCUUUAGGGGGGGGUACUGUCACGCCCUGGCUCUGGGGACACUGUUAUGUUGAGCCAGGGUGUGUAAUUCUAUGUUUGUAUUUCUAUGUUGGCCUGAGUGACUCCCAAUCAGAGGCAACGAGUGUCAGCUGGUUGUCUCUGAUUGGGAGCCAUAUUUAACUGUCUGUCUUGCACUUUGUGUUUGUGGUUUCUUGUUCUUAUUUGGUUUGUUUAUGUAACCAGAGACAUCACGUUUUCGUCUGUUAUUUUGAUCGUGUGAUCAUUCUAAUAAAUAAUAUGUUCGCAUUCAACGCUGCGCCUUGGUCUCUCCCUGACGAUCGUGACACACUGAUUCCUUCCAAACCAGUUGAAUUUGCGAUUUCCAACUUGUUGUGUAAUAUUUAUAUCCAAUGGCCGAUGAGCACCAAUAUGUUUAUCUAUAAUUUAUCUUCAUAUGACAAGGAUUGAAAAGGAUUUGCCAGUAGAAUGUCGACUUGAUUCAUGAUGAUUUUACAUUUACAUCAUUUAGCAGACGCUCUUAUCCAGAGCGACUUACAAAUUGGUGCAUUCAACUUAUGAUAGCCAGUGGGACAACCACUUUUUUUCUUUUAUGGGGGGGUGUGGGAGGGGGGGGGGGGGGGGGGGGGGGGUAGAAUGAUUACUUUAUACUAUUCCAGGUAUUCCUGGAAUGAUGACUACUUUCUAGCUUGCUAGCUAAGAUUUUGAAAGUAUGAUGUUGACAUGAUCAGUCCAAUCAAAGCUACGGUAGAUAUAACGCGAUUUGAUGUAAUUUUAUCUGUGGCCAAUGACCUUGAACCUUUUUGGAAGGGCACUUCUAUGGCAGCACCCAAGGGGCUUGAAUUUUCGAGCUCUCCCAAUAGGUUUUGCGGUGAUGUAGUGUCGCCAUGAGUGACUGAACACUGAGCCAAUCACGGCGCAACUAGAGAACAUUACCAACCCCUAUGCUCCCACUAAGUGCAAACCAGAUGGGAUGGCGUAUCGCUGCAGAAUGAUGUGGUAGUCAUGCUGGUUAAGUGUGCCUUGAAUUCUAAAUAAAUCACUGACAGUGUCACCAGCAAAGCACCCCCACACCAUCACACCUCCUCCUCCAUGCUUCACGGUGGGAUGUUACUUGAACUCUGUGAAGCAUUUAUUUGGGCUGCAAUCUGAGGUGCAGUUAACUCUAAUUAAUUUAUCCUCUGCAGCAGAGUUAACUCUGGGUCUUCCUUUCCUGUGGCAGUCCUCAUGAGAGCCAGUUUCAUCAUAGCGCUUGAUGGUUUUUGCGACUGCACAUGAAGGAACUUUAAAAGUUAUUGAACAUUUCCGUAUUGACUGACCUUCAUGUCAUUUCUCUUUGCUUAUUUGAGCUGUUCUUCCCAUAAUUUGGACUUGGUAUUUUACCAACUAGGGCUAUCUUAUGUAUACCACCCCUACCUUGUCACAACACAACUGAUUGGCUCAAACGCAUUAAGAAGGAAAGAAAUUCCACAAAUUAACUUUUAAGAAGGCACACCGGUCAAUUAAACAUGCAUUCCAGGUGGCUACCUCAUGAAGCUGGUUGAGAGAAUGCCAAGAAUGUGCAAAGCUGUCAUCAAGGCAAAGGGUGGCUACUUUGAAGAAUCUCAAAUAUUGAUGUCUUUACUAUUAUACUACAAUGUAGAAAAUUGUAAAAAUAAAGAAAUACCCUUGAAUAAGUAGGUGUUCUAAAAGUAGUGUAUAUAUAUUAUUUAGCUAAACAGGUGAGGCUCAAAACAGCUGGGGCUCUGCCGCACCUGCCACUGCAUUAGUAAUACAUCACUAUAACGUUACAUUAGUGAUGCAUUCUUUUUAUAGUCCCAUUUUUCUCAUUUAUCAACCGUACGGACAAAGACCUCAAACAAAAGACAGAACAGAACAGACUUCUGAUUAUAGAGGAGACAUUAUACUGUCAGAGACUGUGGUUUUGCCUUAGCCCAGCUUUGCUCCUGAAAAAUUUCUGAAUCGCAGCAAUCUGUGGUCCCACAGAAGAGAGCAAGUCAAUGCAUUUGCAAUACAUUACAGAAAAUAUUGCCCAAACAAUAUCAUAUAUCACUGACUCAGUGACACUCGUUGGAAAAUAAAGCCCAAAAAGAGUUGGGCGCAAUCAACUGCAGCCAAAUGCAUGAGCAUCGAGGGACAGUUAAUGAAUGCAGGGAGGAAAAUGGGCUGAUAAGCGUGGUAAGAUUUGAUUUUAGACCCGGCUAAUGGACUUCUCCCUCCUACUCCGGAACACAGUAUUCGUCCGGUGUGAUUGGCAGCCUGUAAGUGCGUUAGUGCAGCUAAUCUAUCAACAUCAGUCCCCCUGGUGGAUGGACACUCAUUAACCGCUAGCCUUUAAUUACCCUUAAUUAGCUCCCCGAUCAACGGGGUGUUUACAGCCAGGUCUCUGCUCUGCUGAGUGGCUGGUCUGACCACUUCCUGGGAUUCAGGCGAUUGGUGCUGCAGGGGCAACAUCCGUUCAGUAAUAUACAGUGCCUUCGGAAAGUAUUCAAACCCCUUGACUUUUUCCACAUUUUGUUACAUUACAGCCUUAUUUUAAAAUGGAUUAAAUCGUUUUCCCCCCUCAUCAAUCUACACACAAUACCCCAUAAUAACAAAGCAAAAAAAGGUUUUUAGACAUUUUAGCACAUUUAUUAAAAAUAAAAACCAGAAAUAGCUUAUUCAGACCCUUUGCUAUGAGACUCGAAAUUUAGCUCAGGUGCAUCCUGUUUCUGUUGAUCAUCCUUGAGAUGUUUCUUGAUUGGACAUGAUUUGGAAAGGCACACGCCUGUCUAUAUAAGGUCCCACAGUUGACAGUGCAUGUCAGAGCAAAAUCCAAGCCAUAAGGUUGAAGGAAUUGUCCGUAGAGCGCCGAGACAGGAUUUUGUCGAGGCAUAGAUCUGGGAAAAGGUACCAAAAAAUAUCUGCAGCAUUGAAGGUCCCCAAGAACACAGUGGCCUCCAAUGAAAGAAGUUUGGAACCAUCAAGACUCUUCCUACAGCUGGCCGCCCGGCCAAACUGAGCAAUCGAGGGAAGAACCUUCAAGAAGGACAACCAUCUCUGCAGCACUCCACCAAUCAGGCCUUCAUGGUAGUGGCCAGACGGAAGCCACUCCUCAGUAAAAGGCACAUGACAGCCCGCUCUGAGUUUGCCAAAAGGCACCUAAAGACUCUCAGACCAUGAGAAACAAGAUUCUCUGGUCUGAUGAAACCAAGAUUGAACUCUUUGGCCUGAAUGCCAAGCUUCACGUCUGGAGGAAACCUGGCACCACCCCUACGGUGAAGCAUGGUGGUGGCAGCAUCAUGCUGUGGGGAUGUUUUUCAGCAGCAGGGACUGGGAGACUAGUCAGGAUCAAGGCAAAGAUGAACGGAGCAAAGUACAGAGAGAUCCUUAAUGGAAACCUGCUCCAGAGCGCUCGGGACCUCAGACAGGGGCGAUGGUUCACCUUCCAACAUAGACAACGACCCUAAGCACACAGCCAAGACAACGCAGGAGUGGCUUCGGGACAAGUCUCUGAAUGUCCUUGAGUGGCCCAGCCAGAGCCCGGACUUGAAUCCGAUCUAACAUCUCUGGAGAAACCUGAAAAUAGCUGUGCAGCAACACUCCCCAUCCGGCCUGACAGAGGUUGAGAGGAUCUACAGAGAAGAAUGGGAGAAACUCCCCAAAUAAAGGUGUGCCAAGCUUGUAGCGUCAUACCCAAGAAGACUCGAGGCUGUAAUCGCUGCCAAAGGUGCUUCAACAAAGUACUGAGUAAAGGGUCUGAAUACCUAUGUAAAUGUCAUAUUUCAGUUUUAUUUUUAAUAAAUGUGCUAAAAUGUCUAAAAACCUGUUUUUGCUUUGUCAUUAUGGGGUAUUGUGUGUAGAUUGAUGAGGGAAAAAAACUAUUUAAAUACAUUUUAGAAUAAGGCUGUAACCUAACAAAAUGUGGAAAAAGUCAAGGGGUCUGAAUACUUUCUGAAGGCACCGUAUAUAAAAUAAACUUAUUUGGGAAAAGUUUUUUCAAAAUGAAAAUAUAGACUACACCCUAGAAAUCGAUUGCAAGAAUCAAUCAAACAAAUCUUAUCUACGAAGAAAACGUUGAACGGUUAGCUAUAAUUUAGUCUUUCAUUCCAGACAGAGUUCAACAAAACUCAUAUUGUGCUCUUUUCUAACCCCACUAUAAAGAAAUUGGGGACAUUAAGUAAAACCUGAUGGGUUGUGCUAAUUGUGCUAAUGUUUGCCGCCCAUGACUGUCUUUAGCAUCCAUUUUCAGAGAUAAUCUAGAGUAAAGAGACAAAUGCAUUGGUAUCCCCUUAGCACAGCAUUUUCUACAGUAGGGACAUGGGUUAAGAGCAAUGGAACGGUCGGUGGAAAUUGUCAGAGUGAGGGGUCGCUAUACAUCAGCAUAACCUUCGAUCUAAAGAAGCCAUUUCCUGUAGCUUCUUGUCAGCUCGGUGCUUCCAGGUAGCUCUUGUGGUCAGGGGCCCUAACAAAACCUGGAUUCAUUAUUCAUAACAGGUCAACAGGUUGACAGUACAGAUGGAGAACAUUGAUUCAUGGAAACUCAUAGGAGGAACCUGUAGGGCACUUGGAUGAGGCUGCACCUUCUACUGACCAACCAAUGACUUUAUGUCUAAAACAGGUUGGAUGUGGUAAUCUGCAAAUUCAGCACAAAGAGAUAAUGCAUGUGUAGAUAACGAUGGUUAUAGCUUUGUGGAUAAUUAUUUCCGCAAGAUGUGAUCUCAUUCUAAUAUCAUGUUCAAUGAAUUACACACUUUUAGUGUAAAUGAUUUUGAGGGAAUGUUCUGAAUUCAAAUAUAGCCUUUGUUUUUGUUGUCUCCUUACCUAUUCACAUCCUAAUGGACCACAUCUCACGUCUUCCAUCCAGUUCCAGCCAAAAUCAUAUUCCUGCACGACGCCGAGCCACAGCACCACUGGUGUUUCCCCUUUAAGGUGGACGGGAACCCUGAGCCAUCCAUCCACUGGCUUUUCAACGGCGCCAACCUGACCGAGGGCCGCUACACCUACACACAGUUCAUUCCUGACUCGGAUGAUGGCUCUGUGAAGCACGGCUGUCUAUUCCUCAACAAGCCCACCCACCUGAACAACGGCCUCUACACCAUCAUGGUGGAGAACAGCCUGGGCGUGGAUCGAGCCACGGCCACAGGGAAUUUCAUGAACAACCCCUUUGACCCCUUUGACCCUGAGGGCAUCAUCCCAGGUGAUUGUCUGAAAUUAAACGCUAUAGAAUUAGGAAUUAUAAUAAUAAUAAUAAUAAUAAUAAUAGUAAUUUAAUAGGAUCUCUAUGAUACUGACCCUCACUUUUCACCAACUUGUGUUAUGUUAGAUACCGUCUCAUGUGCUUGCAUAUACAGUAUGUACUUUAUACUUAGUCUAAAUUUGUCAUCCUCUCCUCUUUUUCUUCAUGCCAGUCCUUGAAGAAAGUGAUCCACGUAAGCCUUUUGAAUGUUAUUUUGACAGCGAUUAUUACCCUAUAGAAACAGAUAACUGUACCUAACGAGAACAAAAAAUACAUUUCACGAGUAGUAGAGUGUAAAUUACCCAGGAUUUUGCUUUCAUAUACUCCACAUAUCCAAUUAUUUUUAUUUUUUAAUACACUGUGUGUCAGUGUCUUGCAUACUUUAUUUGUGGUUAUCAUGGUGAUUUGUGAGUAACGAUCCAUUAUUAAUGAUUCAUUUUAUGCUCCCUCCAGUUCCCACCAACCAAUCUAAUGAGGAUGUCACUGAGAACCUGGAGAGCAGAGUGUUUGGGGUGAGAAGCCAUUCAAUGGGUCUGAAACAUAGUAAUAAUAUAACACACAGUAUGGAAUGCUAAUGCUAAUGUUUUAGAAAAUGUUAUGUUAUGCUAUGCUAGGCUAUGUUGAUGCUAAUUAUGUUUCUGUGCAGGUGUCGGUGGCAGUGGGUCUGGCUGUGUUUGCUUGCACCUUCCUCCUCAUUAUGGUACUGGUCAUCAACAAGUGUGGACAGCAGUCCAAGUUUGGUAUUCACCGUAAGUGACACACUCUACUAUGCAAUGGGUUUGAAAUACCACAGUAGUGUCUGUCGGUUGUCAUUUUGCACAAAAUAUAGUGUCCUAUACUCAGAGGGGUAAUAGUAAGCAACACGUUACUUGAGUUUUCAUAGAAGACAGCUAUGAAACAACUUGAGAUGGGUAUGUUGUUCUCAAAACGCAUCAAUUGUUAGAAAGUGAAGGGCUGAGAGUGAAUUCUGACAUGUCCCUGUCUGGAGCAUUCAAUAAGAGACAACCCCAGGAGAAUAAGACACUUUGCCAACGGUAAAGACUUCUCUGAAAACGCAUAUCCAUUUUAAACUGAAAGAUGCAAAAGCCAGCGACAAUGCGAACUCAUUUCUUUCAUUAUCACUUUGGAAUUGCCAAUAUUUCCGAAGCAAGCAUUGUAUUCCUCUGAAAGUAAUUCACAUGAGGCCAGGCAAUAUAAGGUUUCUGCCAGGCUGUAACUUUGCACACUGUCAGCCCAACAUCUCAGUUAGAGUGCCUUAAUUACAGCAGUGAACUGCGUCAGGAGCCCCUAGCUGCUGCGUGGGCCAUUAAAGAAGACUGAUAGAGGCCAGCUAGGCGUGAUAGGUCCUCUCGGACCCCCCCAGAAAGUGCCUAAGUGGGCCUGAUUGCCUAAGUGGGACCCCCUCCUGGCCGACUCGUUUCCCCUCGCUUGCUGCCGUCCACCAUUUUCUAUCAGUGGCUCUGGGGGGUUCUGCGGUUUUCUCGAUGAGUGGGUUUUACGGUUUUCGGCACAUGUUUGCCUUUUAAUACUGUCUGCAGAUAAUACAGUAGUUGCUUACCGUUCCGACGUCCACUUUCCGACAUUUUCUUUGUUACUGAACAAUGCAUCCAUAAAUUGCUGAAAAGUAAAUGGAUGUAUCACAUUCACGUCUCUCUCUCUCUCUCUCUCUCUCUCUCUCGCUCUCUCUCUCACUCUCUCUCCAGGUUCAUCUGUCUUGGGAACAGAGGAUGAUCUUGCUGUGUCACUGCGUUUCAUGAACUUUGGGGCCAGCCCUCCUUCCUCUGAUGACUCUGGCAUGUCCAGCUUUGUGGAGAACCCCCAGUACUUCUGUGGCAUAUUCAAAGACAAAGACAUGUGUGAGUGGAAUCGGAAUACAACUAGGGAGUGGAUACGCGCUAACUUCAUUAUGAUUGCAUUUAAUAUACUGUAUCUACCAUGUUUUUCCCUAGAUAAAGUUGGUAAUGCAGUGAUCCUAUUCUGUUUUACAAGGCCCAAUGUUAAACACCUUUAUCUGUGUAUGUACAGGUGUGCAGCACAUUAAAAGACAGGACAUAGUUCUGAAGUGGGAACUGGGUGAGGGGGCGUUUGGCAAAGUCUACCUGGCAGAGUGUGCCAACCUCAGUCCGGACAGUGACAAAAUGCUGGUGGCCAUCAAGGUAUGCAUGAGACUGCCACCCAUGGCCACACUUUCAGAGGUGCCUUACAUGAAGUUUAGAACUCCUAAACAUUAUGAUGUCAUAUCCUCCUGUGACUGUGUUUCUCUGUGGUCAGACUCUGAAGGAUGCCAACGAGUCGACCCGGCAGGACUUCCAGAGAGAGGCUGAGCUGCUCACAGUGCUCCAGCACCAGCACAUCGUUCGCUUCUACGGAGUGUGUACAGAUGGAGAGCCACUGGCCAUGGUGUUUGAAUACAUGAGACAUGGAGACCUCAACCGCUUCCUCAGGUAUGGAAAAGAAACAGAACCUCAUACUUAAACCCCACAGGGAUAACCUCAUGCUAACCUUCCCCUGCUUACUUCAAUUAAUUAGCUUCAGUAUGGUAACUAUUUAGAAGCCAAAGGUUUUGUUCUGACCUCACUGCAUCAUUGUGUCCACUGCUCUUCAGCAAAGCCACUUAAUUGACCUUGAUGAACCACACAAAUACAACUGUUUCUAUUCCAAGCCACACUUGUAGACACCUUCGCCCUCAUUGCUCUACCUUGUUGUGUACCCAAGACAACAAGCCACUUGGGGUGGACCAUAUGGACCAACAGUGUGUUGCAGUGGUUAGGACACUUAGUUGUGGGAGUGCCAAAUAAUUUGUGUGAGCUGGGAUGACUGAAUAUGUGAUUUUAGAUGCAUUUAAAAUAUCAUGUCAUUGAAGAUAGUCUGGUCCAACAUGGAUGCAGGAGAGAUGUUCACUGAGCAGUCAGAUAGAGCACCAUGUUGAUACUGUAGAUGACCACUCAUGCUGCACCUGGGACAUAGUCUGAGACACCAUUGAAACAGACAUAGACAGUGUAUGUCUGUCACUGCCAGGUGUCCAAUGGGGCCAGACUGGGAAUGAAGACUCAAUGCACACACAGACACAGCCCACACUAUCCAUGUUCAUGGAUAGAUGGAAAUCACAUUUCCAAGCAGACAGAAUGGAUGAGUGUCUCUUGGCCUAUGAGGCAGCUGCUCGUCUACCCUACCACCUGCCUGUUAAACUAAUAGUGAUAGAAUAGACAACUUCCUGCACGUGACAAAGUAGAGAGGCAUUCUAUUAGGAUUGAUGGAGACAUCGAGGAGCUUAUUGGGAGUGAGCUACAAGCCAGAGUGGGUGGGGUGGAUGUGAUAUUGAGAGAAACUGUGGAACGUUUGAAGAAUAAGGCUAUCAUGCAUCUCGGAAUCAAAUUAUUCCAAAUGAAUGCAAGGCGUAUAACAAGCCUUAUGUUUCCUAUUAACCAUCUUGUUAAGUUGUUUUGUUAUGGUUUGGUCUCUAGCUGACCGCCUCUAUUACACUUAAAGGAUCUCAUACAUGUCCAACAUGUUCCAUCUGCAGAUUGCAUGCAGUAAUCAUCCAUCUGGUCACUGUAUGUUGAUAUUGCAUCACUAGGUUGGUGCAAAAGUUCAUGCAUCAAAGGACCAAUCAUAAGCCUAAAUUAAUCUGGAUGACCAAUGGGAGAGCUGGGCCCAUAUCAUAAAGCGUCUCAGAGUAGGAGCACUGAUCCAGAAUCAGGUCUCCCUGUCCAUAUAUUCAUUAUAAUCUAAAAGGCUAUACUGAUCCUGUAUAAACACUACUCUGAGACUCUGUGAAUACGGGCCCUGAUGGAUAUCAGCCAAAGUAUGUCUCAUGCCGUUCACCCAAAAGCCCCAAAAGCCUGUAAAGGUCAUGACCUGUCCUCCCCCUGUCCACCAGGGCCCACGGUCCAGACGCCCAUAUCCUGGAGGAGGUGAAAAUGCCCCCACUGGGCCAGCUCACUCUUCCCCAGAUGCUGGACAUCGCCGCCCAGAUCGCCUCGGGCAUGGUCUACCUGGCCUCCCUUCACUUCGUGCACCGGGACCUGGCCACACGCAACUGCCUGGUGGGAGAUAUGGGAGAGGGUCUGAUGGUCAAGAUAGGAGACUUUGGCAUGUCCCGGGACAUCUACAGCACAGACUACUACAGGGUAAAGGUGGAAGUAGUGAAAUACUUUUUUAGGGGGGGAUUUUGUCAUCCAACAUUUCAUUGUCAUGUAAUAUUUAACAAAAUAUUAUAUCCAAUUGUAUGUACACUGAACAAAAAUAUAAACGCAACAUGUAAAGUGUUGGUCCCAUGUUUCAUGAGUUGAAAUAAAAGAUCACAGAAAUGUUCCAUACGCACAAAAAGCUUAUUUCUCAAAGAUGUUGUGCAAACAUUUGUUUACAUCCCUGUUAGUGAGCAUUUCUCAUUUGUCUAGAUAAUCCCUCCAAUUGACAGGUGUGGCAUUAAACAGCAUGAUCAUUACACAGUUGCACCUUGCACUAGGGACAAUAAAAGGCCACUCUAAAAUGUGCAGUUUUGUCACACAACACAAUGCCACAAUUUUGAGGGAACGUGCAAUUGGCAUGCUGACUGCAGGAAUGUCCACCAGAGCUGUUGCCAGGAGAAUUUAAUGUUAAUUUCUCUACCGUAAGCCGCCUCCAACUUUGUUUGAACAGAAAACCCCAUGGUGGCGGUGCGGUUAUGGUAUCGGCAGGCAUAAGCUACGGACAAUGAACACAAUUGCGUUUUAUCGAUGGCAAUUUGAUUGCACAGAAAUAACGUGAGGCCCAUUUUUUUUUUCAGGUAUCUGUGAACAACAGAUGCAUAUCUGAAUUCCCAGUCAUGUGAAAUCCAUAGAUUAGGGCCUACUGAAUUUAUUUCAAUUGACUGAUUACCUCAUAUGAACUGUAACUCAGUAAAUCUUUACAAUUGUUGCAUGUUGCGUUUAUAUUUUCGUUCAGUAUAAAAAAAAGACAAUGAUAUUUUCAAUGUAUAGGCUUAUCACAUAUGAAGUAGCAUGGUAUAUCUGAUGAUCAUCUUCAUUGUCAUAUUAAUUAUAAUUCUAUAAAUGCACCAUUGAAUGAUCAUUGACCUCACCCCUAUCAGGUGGGUGGGCGUACGAUGCUUCCUAUUCGCUGGAUGCCCCCGGAGAGCAUCAUGUACAGGAAGUUCACCACGGAGAGUGAUAUCUGGAGCUUUGGAGUGGUCCUCUGGGAGAUCUUCACCUAUGGGAAACAGCCCUGGUACCAGCUCUCCAACAGUGAGGUAAGGAACUGGGCACUGGGUAGGCAGCAACAUGGGGUGCCAGGUUGCCUAGUGGUUAGACCGUUGGGCCAGUAACUGAAAGGUUGCUGGUUUGAAUCCCUGAGCUGACAAGGUGAAAAAUCUGUUGAUGUGCUGUUGAGCAACCCUAAUUUAUCCAGGGAUGCUGUUCAUGAUGGCAGACCCUGGCUGUGACCCUACUCUCUGAUGGUGUCUCAGGGGGAGUGGGAUAUGCAAAAACACAAUUUCCAAUUCACAUGUGAAAUAGGACGAAUAUGGGCACCUACCUUUUUUUGUGUGAAAGGGGCAUCUUUGUAUUGGUGAUCAAAACCUUCUAAAUUCAUAGUAAUAAUUAAGUAGAUAUAACUCUGAUAUCUAGUUGUGUUGAAUAAUGAAACAGUGUCCAGGCAAAGUGUAAAUACUGUACCACAUCAUCAUACAGCCAGUGGAUAGAGGGUGAAGUGUUUGAUCAUAGAGCGAUACUAGAGCACUCGGUUUUCCCAGCUGACAUACAGCCAAUCAAUGAGUUCAUAGUAAUCAUGGCGGGCCCAGUCCAACCCUUUUAGGUUGCACCCCAAGAAGUGGACACUGUCCUGACCGCAACUGCACCAUUAUGGACUAGAACCCUCUUUCCUUUCAAGUGGAUGGUAGAUCACUUUUCCCGUCCACUCAAUUCUAAUCUCAUUGGCUCUCAUCUUUGCCCAGGGCCAAUGACGUUUAACCUUGUUAACCUAAUCCUUCCCGGCCAAUGAUGGACUUGCGUAAUUAUCAUGUUGUCUAAUUAGGGAAGGCAGGGAUAAAUCAUCCCAAACUCUCCAUUUAGGUCUGAGAUAAGGCGACGGGCGGCCAUCUUGGAAAGUCACUAUACAUAUGUUUCUUAGAGCUCGGUGAGAGCGUGGUUGUCCUAUGGUUAUUAUGCAUACAACCUUCCCACAACUUUCUAGGAAUGGUGCAGGAUAGUUGCUUUGGAACAUUCUCAGCACAUUUAAGGAACUUGACAAAAAAACAUUAUUGUCUUGGUGUUUCAUUACUUUAACAGAACGUUUCCUAAAAGUUAUAGACUAAAAUGACAUAAAAUUAACAGCUUUGUAUGAGUAAAAAAACAUGGCAUGCUAGUUCCAUCCUAGUAGUGCAAAGGACUUAUUACAUAGAUAAACAACAGAAGAUCAUAGGUUUGAAUCUCACUGAUGCUGUGCCACAAUAAAAAAUAAAUGUGUUUGCAUGAUUAAUGCCUAAGCAAAUUAAUUUCCAUGUGUCCUAUCUGUGCUUGGAGUUUAAAACAUUUAUUCUAAGCUAGCAGUCUUAUUGAAACAUGUUCUCAGAACGUUAUUUAAUUACCUUCAAAUAGUAUGAAAAAGUAUGAAAAUGUACGCACUCACUAACUGUAAGUCGCUCUGGAUAAGAGCGUCUGCUAAAUGACUAAAAUGUAAAAUGUAAAUAACCUAUCAUUUCCGUUCUCAGAACGUUAAUAAAACCUCAGAGGAAAACUUUCAGGGAACUAUAGUAAAACAUUGUCAGAACCUAAAAAUAAACGUUCCCAGAACAGGCAAAAUUAUCACUUCCAUUCUCAGAACUUUUAAAAGACGUUCUGCUUUACUGGUCAGGAAAUGUUUGGGCUUCGUUCCCAGAACCAAUGGGAAACCAAAAACAUACGUUCCCACGACUUCCAAGGAACCAACUGUGCUAGCUCAGUAUUAUAGUAUGACGAGGUUCAGUGCUGACAGGUCUCUUCAGUUCAUUGGAUUAGGUCAGGGAUAACCCUCUUUAAAAGGGUUAAGUCACUGGCUCUUUAUGUGAUGUGGGGCCAAGGGCAGUCCUUGAAUGGGAAUAGGCAUAGUGGAAUUCAGUCCUUGACAGUGAUAAAUGCAUUGAGCCAUGCCAAGUGCAAGAAUGGGUCAAUUUGACAAUUUCUGAUGAAUACCGUUCCAUUGUUUUGCAAGAUCACCAGCUUAUUAGAGGCAACAUCUUUGGUUCUCACAGAACGUUCUCCAGAAUUAUGUAGAAGUUGUCGAUUCAUCUUGACAACUCCACUUAUUGUUCUUACCCAAGUGUCUUCACCUCAAGCUCUCUAGGGUGGCUUGAGCUUGUCUGGUCAAAUGAAUGAAAAGUGACGAUCAUGAAAACUUUCAAACCCUGACGUAAUAGCCCCAGAUAAAGAGGCAUACCAAAAACCUAGAGUUACCGUAGCUAGCAGACCUUCUAAUUCUAACCCCCUCCCUCUGCCUCUAUUUGCGCCCCCCACAGGCUAUCGAGUGCAUUACACAGGGCCGGGAGCUGGAGAGACCACGCACUUGCCCCAAAGAGGUGCACGGCCUGAUGCAGGGCUGCUGGCAGAGGGAGCCCCAGCAGAGGCUGGUCAUCAAGGACAUCCACAGCCGCCUCCUGGCCCUGGUGAAGAGCCCCCCUAUCUACCUGGACAUCCUUGGGUAGAGGCUGGGAGGGCUGGGGCUGGGGCAGUGUCCAGGCAAGGGGAAGUAGGGGAACUUACAGUCAGGGAUGAUGGGUAUUGGGAAGGGGUGGGAGUUAGGUAAAGAACUGUGCUGUGGUCAUCCUGAACCUAAGCAUUGCCGUCAUUUACCUCUAUGGGUCUUAACCACAUCGACACCCCCUCUGAUUGGAUAUUUGGUCAGGUCGGACUUUGCUACGAUCUGUUCUGAUAGGGACCAUUGGGAUGGGAGUAGGGUGAAGUUGCCCCUAGACGCUGAUAUUGGGUCAUUUUUGCAUUUUCCCCAGUAAUGGUUAAGGUUAGGAUUGGGGGAGGGGAAGCUGAUCCCAGAUCUGUACCUCAGAGAAACUUUACCCUGGAGCAAUGGGAAGACUAUGGGGAUGGGGGUCAAUUCCUACUUCCUGGUCAAUGUUUCUUAACACUAAAGCUGGACAUACUGUACGGACACUGGCAACAUCCAUGCUGCUUCAGCUUUGCCUACUACCCCAACUCGCCUUGUCUCAUGACGACCCAGCCCCAACUCUGUGUGCCGCUGGCUGGGAGCAGGAGGAAGAGGGUGAGCCAACGAAGACCUGUCAAGUGUUUACUGUGAGUGUUUUAUUGUGUAACUGAAUGGGUGUCGUCGUGAUGAAGGGUUUUGCAUGAUUGGCGAAAUACAGACUAUACAUCCACUGUAGCGGGAUUCACUGUUGCCUGAGAAUAUGGAAACAUUGAAUUACUUUAGUGAAGUUUAAGAGGUUCAGUGUUUUUCAAGCCGGAGCAUACUUUUCAUAGGUGAGAUUUCAAACUUUCUUCUACAAUUUUGAUAAUAACAGCUUUAACACUAUGAUCAAGAUGUAUUAUAACAGUAAGACGCCAUCUUUCCAUUUUCAAGCUGUGUGAUAUAAUCAGCAGGAGUGAAUAUUAUUUCAAGAGAAGCCAAGUCAAUUGCACUAAUCAGAAAGGUUUCUAUUGUUAGGCAGUUAUGUCAGAUCCUUCCUUUUUCAUAUGCAUAGCCCAGACCAUAGUGAAGAAACUGCAUACAAAGUCUGUAUUCCUCAUGGCCAUCCCUUGCAUUGUAUUGGGAUAUCAAUUAUCAAUUAGCAUUUUGGAAUAUGAACUAACAGUAAAUGGACAUUAAGAUGAAUGCUCCUUAUCAAUAUAAUCUUAUUUGAUAACCCAAAACCCAACCAUCAUUUGGAUUGAAAAUGUCAUAAUUAAAUGCUCACAAUUUUCUUAAAACAGUCAUAUGUGUGUGUGUGUGUGCGCGCGAAGAGAUAUUGCAAUGCUAGUUUGACUGGACGUCGUCUACUGUUGAUAUUGUUUACUACAGGUGUUUAUAGUUAAUGGAAUACAGUACAAUGUUUUGCAUUUCUCCACCUACUAAUUCUAAUCCGAAUGUAAAAUAUUAUAUUUACAAACAUUAUAGUAGAGUUGUACAGUUAUUCUUUUGACUUAUUCAGUAUUUAUCUAAUUUAUUACUCUGUUGAAAAUGUCUUACUGUAUAUGAAAUCCUUUUCUGUCAGAGGACAAAACAAUGACGAAUAAUUGUAAAAUAGGAAUAUUUUUGAAAAAACAUAGGGGGGGGGGGGGAACUUCUAUUAAAGGCCAGGAAGGUGUUUUUCCUGACAUACUAAUCCUACAUUUUUUGCAUUUAAAUACUGUAGAAGGAUUUCUCUGUCCAAGGCCAGUGAGUAUACUCCAAAUAAAAAAAUGGUAUGCAGUGCAAGACAUAGUUUCAGGUUCAGUUACAUAGCUUUCAUAGGGAAUAGCCAUGUUAACAUGCCUUAUAGUGACCCCAAAGCAUUUAACAUCAGCCUUGAACAUCAAAGCAAGCUGCUGCAAUCCAGUAAGGGACAAGAUGGUUGAGAGAGAUACAGCGAGAUGGUUUCACAAGUAACAGAUGGAUAACAAUGAUCGAAACUUCAGGAGGAGAGUGACAGAUGGAAUUGAAAUAGAGUCCCUGAUACAACCUAUACACCACAGGGCAUGUGUCUGGGCAAAACACACAACAAGGUCGACUCUCCAUUUUAACCUUUCACCUUCAAAAUAAAAGCGGACGUUUUACAAGACUAGUAAAACAAUUGGGACACCUUUGAAUGUAAAUAUGUAAAUAUACUUUAUUGAUGUAAAAAAAAAAAAUGUAUAUCGUCUGCACAUGAAUAAAACAACCAUUUGGUUCAAGAGCUCCGUUUCCAAUUGUCUACCAUCUUACAGUACAUUUUUAAAAUCAUUUUUCUGAGAAUGAACAAAUACAGACUAAUUGUACGUAAACGUUUUAGCCUGCAAAAGCACCUUUUAUUGUGUGGAGGUCCGUAAUCAACUACCUGAAUUACACACAGCAGUACUUUCGCCCUGGAACGCUCACCACACACAUCAGUUACUGGAAGAAUCAAGUUUUAUAUUACCUUACAUCACCCCCCAAACAAACAAACACACUUUGGGUAUAUUACAGCAGCCUCUCUUGACCUCACACUUUUUUUCUCCCUCCCUUUUUUCCAUAUCCACUCCCUUAGGAGUGCUAAUGGGUUGUGAGUAAUGCUAUAUCGCUGGCUCUCUCCCUCUCUUUAGUGUAUUGGAAAUGAAAACAGUUGUUAGGCUCAUGCUGGACCACUGUUUCCUAUCACGUCUUCGAGGCAGAGACCCGACUAUACCUUCAACCCCCUAUAGAGAUAUACUUUCCACUGCCCAUCUCCUUCCAGGGCUAGAGCCAAAUGAGUCUGCCUCUACUAUCUCAACUCCCUCAUUAUCACUCCCCUUUUAAAAGAGACCCUAAUACCCUCUUUCCAAGGAAAAGAGAGCCUCUAUUCCCCAUCUGAAGUGUAGAGACCAAGAUCUCAGCAUCUUCCCCAUUGACUGAGAGAAAAAAAGAACCUCAAAUUGCCUCAAAACAAGAUAAGCAAUAUUUGUUAAAACAAAUUUGGUAGAAUCUGGCAAAAUAACUACAUUUUCCGCUAAGCUUGGCAACAAGAGGUUCGCUACAUACUUGUUGGCUACACAGGCAAAAAAAAUAAUCAUUGUACAAUCAUGCCUCCUACUGCUCACAUUCAUACACCAAUACUUUGUUCCCUCUUGCAGUAGAACAGUGGUUGUUUUACAGUAGAUCAUUGCUCAGUGAAAGGUUGUCACCUGCUGUAUUGGAAAAGAACUGCAGUACUCCCCUACACAAUCCAACAUUUCAACUGAUACAGUUGAUAUACACAGUUGACAGACAAACACAGUAAUGCUGUCAAAUAUGUGGUGAGUAAUUUUUAUUAGAGAAAUUAUUCCAGUGAUAAUACACUCAAAUAAUGCAGCAUUGACACACUUUUAGUAACAAGAUAGCAAACAAUGAAAUGUUUUUUUUUUCUGUUUUUUUCCCCAGGAACUAUAUUAA